AUCUCUUACCCCUGGGAACUGUGUUUCAUUUGAGUUUCCUAAUGUAUCAUUUAACUCAUUGGUUACUGCAGAACUAAAGGGUAAAGUGGACUUUUCAUUUAGCUUAUUUCUGGUGGUAAAAAUAUUUAACUUAAGUAAGAUAAGAAUACUUGUUUCUGGUUGCCAAUCAAAGUCUCUGGAUUAACUGUGACAAACUCGGGCAAUAUUUAAGUUCUGAAUCUCAGUAUAAAACUUGAUAAAGACUACAGCAAUUUCAUAUAGGGUACUCAUUCAUUUCACCAUUCAGAUUAUAGCGGUUUACCCUGAAUAAUUGUCUUCUGUGUUCUUAGAGUAACAUCUGUUGCAUGAUAUCAUGUAAUGGAAUGUAGUAGUGCCUAAUUUAAGUUGAUUUGAAAUGUUGUCAUUGCACUGUAGUAGUGUCUGAGAGGGUAAGAGGUUUUUAGGGAGGCCUGUGUGUGAUGGGUAGGUUGGUUAGGAGUAGAUGAUGAGAAACAUGAACUUGCAUUUGAACUGCAAAGGAUUAAGUAAUUUUGUUCUGAGCUUGGUUUGUUGUCCAGUUUUGCUUAGACUUCUUUGAUCGUUUGCCAGCUAAUCUAAUCACUGAAUUCUACUUAUAUUCGGGAAUGCAUCUAUAGUUAUAAAUAUAACUGAUUAGUAUGAAACACCACUGCAGUAGAUUCAGGUCUUUUAUUUUGUAGGGGAAGGAGUGUCCUUGAAAGAAUUUUCUGGCUGUGGCGUAGCUUGAACUGCAUAAUCAUCAUGAAGACUAACUUUUUUUUCUGUGAAAACCUCUUAUUUGGAAUUGUUUCUACGAAGACUAAACUCUGCACAGCAAGGAUGUUCUGAAAUGUUAAUAUUUGGAUUGUGUCACUUUAUACGCUUAGCUAUACAAUAUGUAUCUAUUAAAUCUGUGCAAAUGCAAGGUCUAGGCAGCUUCCAAAAACACUAGUACUUAAUUAGUCACCACAGCUAGACAGUAGCACAGACAUCCACCUCCAUUCCUUCUUGUGGCAUUGUAGUGUCAGAUAACUGUUGGGAUAUCAGUGUGGUCUGUUAAUGAAAUGUGAGCAAUACCAUUUGCUGAAGCAUCAUUCCAAUCCAUUAUUUCAGCAUUAAAGUAUCAAAAACACCAUUUGAAGUAAUUCUCAGCUCCUAGUCCUAUCUGAACCUCAGAGAUUUCAAUGAACUAUCAAAUGUGUAGGCAUCCUGAUUUUUUUGUUUGUUUGUUUUUAAGUGUGAAGACUUUCUUGCUAAAAAGUUCUUAUCCAGAUGCUGCCUUUGAAACAGGUCAUAAUUAGGAAAGAAGUGUGAAUGUGUUUACAGACCACUUUAUCCAGCUUCCAAAAAUCCUUUUUUUUUCCCCCUCUGCUCUCGAUUCCUUAAAAGGCUUGGCAAAUCUGCUUAUGCAUGUUUCUGCAGACAAUAGAACGCUGAUGCAAAUUGAGAACAGCAAACAAAAUGGUUGGGUGUUGUUGCAAAUAGGGGGAGGCUGUCUUAAUAGGCAGUAUUUUGUGUAUUAGGUUUCAUUUGUUUACUUUUGGAUUUUGGUGUGUCAGUUGGAUGAAUGUUACUGGUAUAUAGAUGAAAUGGUAGUUUUGGAUAGUCCUGCCUGUUGGUACCUGAAGGGGAAUGCAGGCUUUGGUUUCUGGAGUUCUGCUUUUGACCACACAAGGUUACAGGAAUAUAUAUUAAAUUGACCUGAAGAAUUUUUGGGGGCAGGGGAGAUGCAAAUGAUAAAGCAGAAGUUAGGUGGUUGGUUUUGUUUGUUUUUCAGAGCAGCCUGGCUCCUAAGUACCAGAGGCUAUGUGAAGCAGAAUAAUCAGGGGUUUGCAGCUUGGUGGAAGAGAUUGUGCUGAUUAUGGACGUUGUGUCUUAACCUCUUUUGUGUCUUAUUUUUAUUGUUGUGAUUAAACAAUCCAUUCAUUUCCAAAAAGAAUGGUUACCUUGAAGGUAGCCUGAGCUAUAUAGAUGUAUAAAUGCUCAUCUGAUCCACAGGAAGCUGAAAUCGUGGGUCUGAUUAAUCUUUAGAGAAUUGUGGCCAUUUAUCUAUGGAUACAGUAAAGGCAUGACUUUUGAGUGAGACUGAUACACUUGACGAUGAGAAGGUAGUGAGGAGCCUGUGACUAGUUUUGAUACCAGACUUGUAAUUGUGAACUCUAAGGUGUUUAGGUUUCUGUCCCUGCAACACUGCUGAAAACCCAUUUCACAGUAGUGUCAGAGAGCCAUUUCCCUGGGUGUGUUGCAUGCACAUGUGUUUAUCUUGGGAAGGAGUUUGAAUUAGCCUGUGUACUUGAAGCAAUUGUGAUAACAUGUUUAUAUUUUCCACUUCCAGUUGCAAGCUGGGAUUCCAUCCCCAGAGAUCCAUCCUCUCGAUUCUCAAGGCUUCAGUGCCUUUUUACCCAACAAUCUUCAUAAAGCUAGAAAACACAGAUUGACUUCACAAGGUGAGGGUGACCAUACAACAAUAAGCCUGGUCUUAAAAUACCUUUACAGUACUACAGUGCUGACUUACUUGUAGUACCUUUACUUGGCAGGAACCAGUUGAAUUUCUGCCAGGAUGGGUCAGGCUGGCACUUGAAACUGCCUUCCUUGCAUUCUCAGUAGGUAGCUCAUCUUUCUGUGUUUGGGCAGCAGGAAGAAAGUUUGAACUGAAUUGUAAAUGAACCUUUUGUCUUUCUAUCUGGCAACUUUUAUAAGGUUGAGAUUUCUUAUUUCCAUGAAAAAGUGACAUUUAACCUAGUAAUAAGCUGGAGACUCUCACUGUUUUAAAUUGCAGCAAAUAACACUUGAGAUGAUAAAGAAUCAGUGGUACUACAUGAGUUGCUUAGUUUUUGAAGUUGAAUAACAAUUUACAUUUAUCAGCUGUGGUAGAAAAAUUUGUUACUAUAGUUUAUCCAAGUGUUUAGUGUUUUGCUGAAGUGUUUGGCAUAGUGAUGUGAGAACCUCUUAAACAAGAGGAUUGUCUUCAGCUUAGAAAGGCCUUCACAGUUGUGUAUUGUUCUUAUUACACGUUCUUGUUUCUUAUAUAAUGAUCUCUUACCUUUCUUGGCAGUUGCUAUCUGUAACAUGGUAAAUAACCCAUUCAGCUACCUUAAGUCUAGCUUAUACUGUGGUAUAUACUAGUUGGAAAAUGGUGACUUUUCUGGAAUUUGAAAUUUAAAGUUCAGAUAUAGAUGACAUAAAUAUGUGAGCACAAAACAGUUUCAAAAACUUGCUGAUAGUAAAAAUCUGGCUUGAAUUUGUACAGGUGGAAACAUUAAUUAGCUUUAAAGGCAUUUAUGGCAAGUACAUUUUACCUUUGUUCAAUUUGAAUGUGCCAAAUGCUGUGUAGGAGGAAACAGCAAGGUGGCACUUGGUGGAGAGAAUGGAAACAGCAAAAGCGGAUUAUGAAUAUUUGACAUAAAUGAUAAUUAUUGUUGAAGAAAAGACCUAUGGUAUUCUAACAGGAGGGCUUAUGGCAGGAAUGUGGUGGUGGUGUAGGACUGAAGCACAUAAUGCUUAGACACAAUAAAAAUGUUGAAGUACCAGAACAGAGUCAAAAUUUAGCAAUGGGGCUACAAAGGAAUAUAUGAAUAAAUGAGAUCAUGAAGCUCAACUUGGAUGCUAUGGUUCUUUGUAGCCUGCAAGUUCUGUAUUUUUUUUUCUUGCGAUUUUCCCUUUUUUGACUAAAAGUUUUUCCUAGAUUAACUCUCGUUGCAGUCCAAUUUCAGUUUAAAAAAGCAAAGGCUGUGGGAAAUGAGAUCACUCUGUUGUGAUGUUUAAAGUACUCUUCAGAAAUGUUACAUGCAGCAGCUGAGGAUGUACAGACUGCAAAUGAGAAUACAAAAUCUUGUAGUGUGUACCAACCCUGAUUUUUUUUUUUUUUUUUUUUUUUUUAAUUUUUUUUUUUUAAACAAAUUCAGUGGCUGUGUUUGCAGUUGUGAGGAGGGUCCAUAUCAGUCUGAUCAUAGCUGGAUUGCCUGUUCAGCUGCACUGGGAUUCUAACCAGAAUUAAAAGCGGCUGAGGAGAAGAGAAGCAUAACUGAAUGUACGGAGGACUGCAACCUGUGAAGAAAGAGUAGUUAACUAAACUUUGCCUUGUGAGACUGGAUAGACUGGACUAUGGAUUAAGUGCAGAACAAACCCAGACAGAGAGAAGCGAGGUUGCAGGGAUCUAACAGGCCUUGUCUGAGGCCUUUGUAUGUAGAGGAUGUAGAUGUGUAAGGUGGUAGUUCUCAGGUGCUGUAUGGGUGGUGACAUUUUUGUCCUCUCUCUGUCCUUACAGAGCCAAUAAGGCAAAGGCCAGGCUAAAUAAAAUGAACUUUUCGAGGAAGCAGAAGGAUAGUCUGUUAGUGAUGCUACAGCACGAGUUGUGGGUGGUUGGAGGACCUAAGGCAUUCAGUCUUUCUCUUCUUUUGUAUGCUUCCCAUUGUUUGUUUCAAAAUGGCCAGCUCAUUCAAGAACAUGUAGAUACCUCUUACAUGGAGAUGCUUAGCCACUGCUGUGUGGCUGUUCCUGAAAGAAAAUGGUCCAGCCUUGAAAAAUCCACUUGUAGCAGUCACAGCAAACCAUUCAACAUCGACAUGAAGCCUUCUUGUACCAGGGAAAAUAGUUGUUUGAUGCUUGACAAUCUUGAGGAAAAGAACAGUUGUGUUCAGUAGGUGAUCACCUGGUGACAUAGUACAGUUAGCCCCAAGUAUGCAAAUUUCUUGGUAGUAUUUUGGAGGGGGAAGCAGUAAGUGUUACUUUUACUAUCCUAACAACUUUUUUUGUUGCUGAUUGGUUUGCAGCACAGGGACAUCCAUCCCAACAGCUGAUGGUUGCCUGAGCUGUAAUGCAAAUAUUUAAUGAGUGAAAUUGCUCUGUGAGAAGAUUUAGGGAAGUGCUGGUGGUUCUCAGGUGACUUCUCCUUGAACAGUACACUUAACAUUAUAGUUCCUCUUGUGUACUUGAAAACAAAAGCUUUCAGCAGCCUUUUUGUGUUAAUUAGCAUGGUGAUCAAGGUGCUAGGCAAAUUCUAAUCCAUUCUGCCUAACAAAAAGCAAGAGUUAUGAACUGAGAAACCGUGGGGUGGAAGUCUCACAAUUACUUUGCUUUCCUGUAAGGAAUCCCACAAGAUGAAGCAUUAAAAUAUUUUGAAGGCCUGGGUAGAAAAGAUUCUUAACGAUUUUGUGUCAGAACUGUGGGCUGCCUUUGUAAGAAUGCUCCAACAGAAUGGCAGGGCUUUAGUGGCAAAGAGGUGAGACAGAAAAAUACCUUGAUUGUGGUGUAAGUGUGUGGUUAAGGUGAACUACUUAUGCAGCAGUUGUUGGAGAAUAUUUAACAGAUAACCGGAGCCUGCAACCAGUUAGAAGGGUAGAUGUGCCCUGAGGAACCAAGCAGACCACUACUGAAACAACUCUAAGGCCAGGCUAUGAAAGUGACUCAAUAAUGAUUGUGAAUAUAUCUGCAGGAAAAAUGUGUUCCUACACAAUGUUAUUUUCAUUCCUUUUCAAAGAUAAAUUGCAGUUUGAAGUGUUAAGAAUGCCCUCUGCAUAUGAGGGCAAAAGCCCUGUUACUUUAGACCAAACCCUAAAAAUUUAAAACACUGUGUUCCAUGUAGAUCUCAUUACAGUCAGCAAUGGCCUUAAUGUUUUUGAAAUAGUAUUAUCAGCUGACUAGGUCAUUUAAGGCAGUUGUUUGCAAAGAUUUUUGUGGUAUCACACCCUUAUCAGUAAAACAUUUGUGAACAUGCACCCUGAAAAUGUGUAUUUGCUUAUAAAUUAUACAUAUACUACUCUACUAAUAUGAUGAAAAUUAUGAAACAUACACUAAAACAGAAAUUAAGAGAGGAUGAAAAACACUAUUUAAAAAUAUAUUUUCUAACAAAACCCCCUCUUGCUUUCAUUAAAAAAAAAUAUUUUAGGAAGAGCUGUGUGUUUGAAUUUGCUUCACUGUUUUAAAAAGAAUCUUGGUUUAACACUUUGAUACAUCUAUUAGAAGAUCUGGUUCUAAGUUUAGCUGAUUUCAAUAUUUGGUUUUAAUGGCUGUCAUAGCUGAAAAAGACACCUCACAAAGAUACAUAGAUCCAACUGGAAGAAGUGCAUUGUUGGUUGUGCUUACUAAAUCGUGAUACUAAUUUUCCAUUCCAAUACACUAAUUAUGUGAAAGUUUUUCUUGGAAUUCAUCUAUUAAAUUUUCAUCUUCUCUGAUGUCAAUCAGUUGUUCUUUCAAACUAAUGAGAAGUUAUUGUGUUCUUCUAUUUUUAGCAAAUGUAUUAAAAAACCCCUGAAACUCUUAUUUUGGAAGACUUUUAAACAGGUUAGCAAAGUCUGUUUCCAAGUCUUUUAAGUAUACAGAUUUGAGAGGUUUUUAUAGGCGAUGCAUCACUUUCAGCAACAGAGUUACUUAAUGGUGGAAACAUUUCCAAACAUCAUUUUCAAAACAACCUCUGUAGAGUGAGGUUUUUUUUGAAAGAUGUUUACUUUCUUACUCACUGUUAAAAUGUCAGUUUUACCUUGAAGGGACACCUUAAGUGUAUAACUUUUUUGAGAAUAUCUGCUAGGUAGCAUACUACUGCUAGCUGCUUGUCAUCACAGAAAAGGUCAGCAAAUUUUGAAGUUGUCUUUCUCGAAAACAAAAAUGCAUAAUGCAUCUUUAAGUUUGAGAGAUUUUUUUUAAGCACUUUGCCACAAGAUAACUAGCAAACCUCAGUAUGGGAUUAUUACUUUCUUGGCCACUCCUCAUCUCAUUACAAGGUAUUGUGGAGAUUCUACUAUUUAAAGGUCUUAUUUUUAUAAAAUGAACCGUAUCAAUGACAUCCUGUAGCACUUUGUGCCCUUCUGGCUCCAACUUUGCUGCAAUAGCUUGCUUUUUAAUGAAGCAGGGUAAGAAUUUCACAUGUGGUUCUGUCUGUAACUGUUACACUGCUAUCCUUUAUUCUUAAAAUUAUUAUUCCAGGUAAAUCAGCCAUUCCAUCAGGGAUUACACUUGGAGACUUUUCCCAUAGAACAUUGUUUCUAUUGAAGAAAUAAUUUACUGCUGAGAGUAUGUUGAGACUUCUCUAGUACAUCUUUCCCAUAGUGACUUGCAAAAAAAGUAGUUCCCAGUAUAUUUCAUCAUUGAAACAAUCUAGCACAUACUGUAAGAUGAGACAUGUUAGAAACACCGGUACUUUUAGCCAACAGUGUGGCAAACCUCCCACACCGCAUAAUUUGUUCUAAUACUCGUUUCUUCAAAUUUUCAGCUGCUUUCUAUGUGUCUUCCAGCAGUAUUUGCUGACAAAGGAAUGCCAUAUUUUUUUUCCAUGUAUUAUUUCAACCAUUUUUCACAGCAGCAGGAAAAACAAGUGCUUUCCCAAUGCUAUGUGGCUUUGCCUCUUUUGAUAUUAAAUAUGAAACCUUAAAAGAGGCUUCUGAAGAUCUAUUGUUAAGUUCAGUGAUUUUUCUUUUUUUCUUUUUUAAGUAUGUUGAGUAUUCAUGACUUGAAACUAGUGCUGAAGAAAUUGUAGAGAUUUGUACUCAUAUUCUGGGUGCUUAGUUUUUAAAUGUCUUGCUAAUCUUGAUGGCCACCUACUAUCAUUAGCUAAUUUCUCAAGGUACGGUGUACACUUAGGGAGAGGUUCAUCAUUAAUGAUAACAGACAUAAAUCCAUUUUUCAAAUAGUAAUCUUAAUAAUUUCAAAUAUUUUUGGCCAACUUUGUGUCAGAUCUGAUUAGAUUGUUGUUUUUACCUCAUAAUGUGUCUGACAAGAAGCUUGUACUGGGGUUAUGAGAUCAGAUGAUGCACAGGGAUUUUGAAGCAAAAGUAAAAUUUGUCAUGGCAUCUCUGUGUAUCUGACAUAACACAACACUUCAGAGUCUUCAGGGUCAGAGGUGAUUUGAGCAAGAUUGCAACUGUUGAGAGUUUUAAACGAUUUGUGCAUUUCCCUGGAUGGAAUCCCUUGUAUUCACUUGCUUCUUGUUCUUGUACUUUAAAAUAUGGUAUUUAGUAAUUUGACCCACGUGUGCUGUGACAGCCUGCAAAUUUUUAUGAGCAUGACUUUGUGAAUUGUGGCCUUAAGUCAUGCUAGUUAAACUUGUAACCAUUCCUAAAUGAUUGAAGUUUUGGUUGCGUGUUGUGUUUUGUGUUGUGUGUGGUUUGCUUUUUGUUUGUUUGUUUUUAAAAUCAUUUGGGAUUUGUUAGAAGGGACAGCAAUUCUUCCUCAGUUUGUUUAGCAGUCAACUCCAUGUAAUUCUCACCUUGCCUGAGGCUGCAGCGUUUUCUCUUAAAGAUAAAUUUCAAGUACCUGCUAAACUUCUGUUAUCAGACACCAGUACUGUCCUGGUACCCUCCCAAUGAGUGUAUCUCUUCAUGUAUGGCUAGGCUUUCUGUAGUUGUCAUGUGAGCUAUAAGGAAUGAAGUAUGACUUUAGCCCCUGAAGAAGAUGCAAAAGCAAGGUGGAAUUGCAGAUAACAGUUCUUUGGGUAAGAAAAUGAAAGAUAAAACAGACAGUUACUUUUUGAAAGUUGUUUACAAGGCACUUCUUAAAACCAAAGCAAAAUGUAGAAUGAAGACAGAAAAUAAAACAAUAAGAAGAAAAAUAAGAAAAAAAUAUUUUUUAAAACAACCCUGUAGUUACAGCUUUGUAGAGAAUGAAGAUUUGCAGUAGUGAGGUAUUGAUGAAUUGUUGGGUUUUUUUCUGGACUAUAUAUUCUAAAUUUGAUGCUUAAGGUGUACCUUUCCUUAUUUAAACAAAAAUUGCAUUGUGAAAUAGUCUUUGUACUACCGUGUUCAGAUACAGAAAGCAGCCAUCACUUCAUAGAAAUAGACUUGCUAGAGCAGUUGUUUUUUGUACCAACACUUAUUUGUGAUGUGUUUAAUAGAAAUGUGUGUUGUGGUAUCUUUUUUCUUUUUGUGUGUGGUUUUCUGUUUUCAUUUUUUUCAAGUUAAGUUCUUCUGUAAGAAGAGUCUCCAGUUUAGCUGUCUUUUAUUUGGCACAUUUUUGUUGCAUUUAUUUUGUGGGACCUGUCUCCCAUGACACAUGACAAGUGAAUCAGGAUUCUGGAGACUUCUGCAAGUGAAAUUUAUCUCCCUUUUUGGUGUCUAGAGUUUAAUAGAAGUCAGUUUUUUGUUUGUUUGUUUGUUUGUUUUCCUGGUAAAUCUGUAGAUGUUUGAAAUACUUGUGCUUGUCGAGAAUUUGCAAUUUUAAAUUUGAGCAAUUCACACUUAAGAACCUCCAAGUAGCUUAGAAUUAGAAAAGCUUGCUUCUGACAACAUUCAGGGCAUAUUCAACUAAGCAAUAGGAAAAUGUUUCUUUGUAAGUAAUAAGCUAAUGAAAACCUAGUAUUUGUAUAGUUGAGCUUGCCUAAGGAGUAUGACUGUUUUGUUAGUAGCUGGUGAAAUACUGUAUUUUCACAGUGUUGGUUGACAAUCUUCCUUUUUAAUCAGUGUGGGUGUAUCAGUAACCAUUAGUUAGAGAAACAAGCACACAUUUGAUAGAGGAACUGCAGGAAGUAGGACAAAGACAGCCUUUGCUUCUCUUUAACGUUUCUUGUUGUUUAGAAUUAUGGAAUGCUUGCCCAAAACCAGCUUGUUCUCCAGAAUGCAGCUGAUGCCAAAUGGGGCCAAACUGAAGUAUUUGCAGAAAAAAUUUGAAAUAAGGCUUGAUGAAGAAUGUAAACAGGUGGAUCUGGGUUAUUGUUAGGCAUACUCUGGUUUGGUAAUGGUUGUCUCGAGAACAAUGAAAUGAAACUCACGUUGUAUGCAGCAUCUUGAUGUAAGUCCUGUAGUCCAGAAAUUCAAGGGGUUGUAAAAAGGAAUCUGUGUUCAGCAAGAAAGCUUUAGUGUCAUAUGCAAGUCCUGACUAAUACUUAACUAAAGAGCUAAUUUGGAGUGUAACAUUAAAGACUGAAUAUGUGCAUUUCCAGCAUCCCUUUGUUUCCAUUGAAGGCUUGUUUGCUUAUUGAAGAAACAAAAAAGUAGGGAUCAAAGACACCAUCAACAAACAUUGAUCUCAGUGGUAAGUCUGGUUUCAGGAGACAUGGAUGGCUCCAGAUUGCAGCUUAUGUGGCUAGAUAUGUAGAGGUUACUGCACUUGUUGCUACAUAUUACUUUUUCUCAGUGAGGGUGACAGAGCACUGGAACAGGCUGCCCAGGGAGGUUGUGGAGUCUCCUUCUCUGGAGACAUUCAAAACCCGCCUGGACAUGUUCCUGUGCGACCUCACUUAGGCGUUCCUGCUCCAGCAGGGGGAUUGGACUAGGUGAUCUUUUGAGGUCCCUUCCAAUCCCAAACAUACUGUGAUAUUGAGAUAUAUCCACUUCAAAAGGCUUUUUUGGCACACAGAAGGGAAAAGCUUCCCAUCUCUUUUGCAGUGGAAUAUAUUAAUCAGUAUGGCCCUCUAAAGCUACCUGUCAAGAUAUUUGAGUAAAGAGGAUGCCCUUAGGAGGGUUUUGACAAUAGCUGUUUUGUCAAAGAUGACUUCUCUGUUAGGCAAAGCUUUAAAUUAUCUGUCCAAUACACUGUGGACAGUGGCUGCUAUCUGCACUUGAGGGAGAUAAAGACUGUGCUUAAUGUUCUCUAACCCAAAUACUAUACUGCAAAGGAAUGAUACAGUUCUGUAUCUUCCUAGUGGAAUGAAUGAACAACUGCUAAUUAUUUACUUUAGAAGAGUCUGGGUUUUUGGUUUUUUUUGAGCUUAAAGAAAUAAGCUGAUAAGUGAAACUUUUCUGAUGUUCUAUGGAAAAGUCUGAAGGGUGCUACAACUUAGGAUACAAUAAACAUUAAUUUUGCUUUGUUUAUACUGGUAGCUAGGGGUUUCUAAAUGUUGGUUCUUGGCUUGUUUGGGGGCAAGUCUUGCAAUAGUUGUAUCCUGCAACUGAACAAAGGAGCAGUGUUUCUUGAGUUUUUGAGAGAAACAGUAAUAUAUAGUCAAAAGGUAGUGCUUCUCUGGUUGUGGAGAUAAGGAACUUCCCAGUAACUCAGCUUUGAAAUCCUUGAAUCAGAAAAAAAAUUCUCGUUUUCCCACGUGCUCUCCUUUUUCAGUGUAUGCUCAAUUGUCCUGCUCCAAUGUCUACACAUAGAAACUUGCAUAUAGUCCUACAUAAACCAAAGUGUACACAGGAAGAGGCUUACACACUUCUAGAUCUAUAUUAAAUGUGUGUGAAUGUUGAUAUCUUCUCACAUUGAACUGGGUGGUUGCAUCUUUUGAGCUGCUGUUUCAAGGUCUUGUUGCACUGAGAUACCUAUGUAACUGCUUUGACUGCAUUUAAUGUUUGGUUUGGUGUGGUUGUGUUGGGUUUGUUUUGUUUUUUUUUUUUUUUUAAGGUGUUGUUAAUCAUAUAAGCUGGAAAUGCAAAAUACAGAUAGUUAUUGUUUAGGUCUCUGUGGUGAUCAUGUGACCAUGGAAACUAAAGAAAACACAUGUUAUUUCCUAGGGCCCUAGAUUACACCUAUGCCCCAUGGGUUUAGGCUUACAAUUUAGCAAAGUGCUUUUUCAGGCAACACAGAAAACUGUACAUAGAAUAUAAACCAUAUACCACAGUUUUGUAAUUAUAAGAGGGACUAUGGUAGUGUUCAAGUAAAUAAAUGUUUGUAGGGUUUUUUGAGGAGGUUUAUAGAGAUUAAUUACACUUCAUAAGUGCCUCCAUAUGCAUCUUACAGUAGUUUGGGCUGCCUCCAUAAAGUGUCAAAAGAAUACUUGAAGACAAUGUAAUUUAUUAAUGAGAUGGUGAAGUUGUGCUUUCUGUUGCAUAUAGUAGAUAUCUUGUAAUCUACCGAACACAAAUUUUCAGUUACACACAGAGGCAUGGGUUAAAGCCUUUGAAACACUAGGGGAAUCUGUGUACAGGAGACUCAGAGCUCUAGGAAAUGUGUGUGUAAAAUAAGCUCAUAUGUGAUGUGUUGAAAAUGGGCACCAAUACGGCCUAUGGCCUUGGCUGUUGACAAUUUACAAUCCUAAUAAAUCCACCUAAUUACGGUUGAUGGUCAGAAAUAACUAUAUAUUCAUUGAUUUUUGAAGAACAUAAAUGAUCUAACUUUAAGAUUAUUUCUUUGAUUUCUUAAGGAAAAACAGACUCAGGAGUACAUGGUAUUGAUUUUUGAAUGCUUUAACAAGGUUAUUUGAAGUCAGAGACAAGGACCAUCCUUUGUGCUUAAGCUGCUGAAGUGCUCAGACAUUAAUUGAAAUCUGGAACUAUUUUUGCAGCAUUCGCAUACAUAGAAUGAUGAUGUAUCGUACCCUGUAUCAAUUAAUUACUGUCAUCCAUUUUUGGUUUCUUAAUUCUCUCUUAGAGAAAAGUGGGUUUGGUAGCUUAAGGCCAAGUUCUCCUGUCAUCAGAUAUUUCUUUCUCUUUACACAGUGUGUAGCCGAUCUGUGGACUCUGUCACUUUCAGGGAUCACAGCUGAGAAGCCGUAUGGGCAGGACUGAUGUGGUUAUGCAUGCUACAACAGAAGUCCUCAGUUUGAAUCACAAACAGCACAAUUUAAGUUGAGAGCCCAGGGGGAACAUUUUUUUCCUUGCAUUGCAUAUGCAGGGUUGGCUGAGUGGUCAGGAUUUUACCGUUCUCAAAAGUAUUAGAGGUGUGUAAUUGCUCUGUCAAAGGUGAAGGCAGAGAUCUUGGUGGGCAAGGUGGAAGUAAGUAAAUAUGUGUGUCAUAGCAAACUGAGUUCCUGAGCCAAAAUGUCAGGUUUGGAUUUGAAAAUUUAAUUUGAAAUAUUGACUUUGCAGACAUUUUUUUAACCUACAGCUUGCAUUUGAAGCUUUAUUAAACUUGCAUUCCUCUAUCCCUUCUUUCACUUUGCAUUCUCUGGUAAUCUUUCAUAUACUCACUGAGCAUGAUGGAAAUAACAAAUCUGAAUUGCUGUAUUCUAAUAGCACUUGAGAAACUCUGAGAGUAGAUUUUGUGCAUCAGUGUUAAUAGUGUUAAAAGUCUCUUCUUAAUUUGCAGAAGUAUGCACUUACCUAAUAUAGUCAAACUGUUGCAUUAUUUAAAAAAAAAAAAAAAAAAAAAAAAAAAAAAAAAAAAAGGCAGCUUCCAGAGGUGGCGGGUUAGAGGUCUGGCUGAUUGAUAGAUGCCACUUUAAGUGUAGUCAACAAAUGGCAUGCCUAACCUUAUUGCUGUAGGGGGUUUGGUUCCUUUACAGCUGAUACUUGGAAUCCAGUGGUGUUUAUAGUAUCACUCAACAGGAGUUACCCAAGCCCAUGAUUAAAAAGUAGUAACUUUUAAAAAAAUAUAGUUAGCAGAAUAAAAAUAAACAAAAGCUAUGGGUGAAGGAAUCUUAUUUUAUUAAACGCUUUAUUUUAGAGUAAGAAAAUGUGAAGCAUGUAAUUCAAUUAUAGGCUUGGAUAUCCGAGGUACUGGCAUAAUAAUCUGAAAACUGCUUCUGAAAACAAUUGUUUCAGUAUUUUUUAAUAAUGCUGCACAGAGACAAGUUCAGUUAUUUUUGAUAAUGAAAGUACAACUUUCGUUCCUGAUGAGCGAGUUGCUAUCUCUUAGAGUUAAUAUUAAAAAUAAAACCUAGUAUUUUUGAGCUAGGUUACAUACCUAAUGAUAUUUUGUCUUGAAAUAGUCAACACUUUAGGAAAGGUUAAAAGUGUUUGAUCCAUUUUGCAUGGGGAUAUAUUUCUCUUUUUGUACUCAAAGUGGUGAAACUAACCCCAUCUUUCAGUGACAUGUAACUUAUAGUUUUUCCCAGCUUCCUGAGCAUUAAUGCCACUUUGGCUGAAGAACUCCUAAGGUUUUUUGCUUCUAACUUGCUUUCUACUUGUGCCUUGUUUAGGAUUUAAUAUGUUGCAAGUUUGAUUAAAAGUAAGAUGAACUGUUAAGUGUAUGCUUUUAAGUUUCUCACUUGUUUCUAAUGGCAAAAUAGAGGAAAUAGUAACAUCUUGCUAACCUAGACUUGCACCUGGAAUGUGAGCAGCCCAUUUUUGGUGUGCUGUAAACAUUCUGUAUACUUAAGGUAAAAAUGCAUUCACUCUGAAUUGCUCUCUAUUAGUGUUUAUUCCAACACACACGCCUGUGCACACACAUUUUUUGGCAUUUUUUUUUCCCCAAACUGCUGCCAUGGUGAGCUCUACUGAAAUACUUAGUAGCUGCAUAUUGGAGUGCAGCCUAUGUCAAAGUCGUCGUUCCUUGGAAGAUUUAUCUGCCUGCAUAGCAAGCACUCAUUGUUCUAUGAAUUGCUACAAUUAGUAUUCUAUGUUUCUGUUUUGGAAAGAACAAAUCCUGUUUUAUUAAAACUAAGACUUUGGAAAAAUCUGUCUCUUUAAUUAUAUUUGGGUUUCAUUACUUUAGAUGAAUGCCAUACAAAUUAUCUCCUGUGUCCAAUUUCUGAGAAUAGACCACUUGGGCUCCCCAAAAAGCAAUUCUGUCUUUGAACUGAUUUACAGUUUCUUAUGUGCAGAAACAUCUACCAAUGAGCUUCCUGAUGUGAUUAGCUACACUGCUGAGCACAGCUCAGCUUUUCCAGAAAUUAGUAGCAUAAAUAGACUGUAUUGCUGUAUCUAGCUUCUCGAUCUACAUGGGGCAAAAAACUAUUUGGGUAGUGUAUUGACAGAAGACUUAGUUGACUUCCAGUGCACCUGGCAAAUUGAUUCCCCUCCUCAGCUUUCAAAAAUCAAAAGUGUUCUUAUGUUCAUAAUUUUACAUGAAUUAGUGUGACAGUGUUAGGACAGAUUCUGACUGACAGUAGCACAGAAGUCUUGAUCAGCUGUGUGCUUUGACACUGUUGUUGUGGGGAAACAAAGAAGAAUGUAUUUCAUCUUACACACUGUUUCUGGGUUGAGUUAGAAACUCAGGAUUCCAUUUGAAAGUUAUUUCCAAAGAUUGAAGUCUGCUUUAUAAAGCAGACUUGCAGUGAAGCCAAAUUUUCAAAUUAGUCCAACCAAUGCAAAAAUCUGUUCUUUUCUACAGCUUUUCAACUGUAGGAAAGCUGGUAUUACUGUUCCUUAUUUACUCAUUUCAAUGCCAGAUACUUCCAAGUUCACUUUAUUUGGCACUAAAGUAAAAACCAUCCACAGGACACUAAAUGCUGACUUUGACUUGUAUGUGUUGUAGAAAUGGUCAAAGUGUGCCUUGCUGGCUUGCAAAGUUUUCCAAUCACUUUCUUAGAGUGCUGUUUGAAAUGUUUGUACCUUUAAUUUCUUUUUUACUCCUCUGCAGAAGAAGUUGCUUUGAGAACUGCCUGUUAAAUUGGAAAUGACUUUACUUGCCUUAAGUUAUAAAUAGCAGCAAGAAGGAAGGGGAUUCUCCUGCUGCCAACCCCCAUUCAUGGCUUGCUAUUUUGAUUCAAACCAUGUCUUACAGUGCACUUUGACUUCCAGCCUUCAACAUGCUGCAACAUGUUGUAUUGCAAAAACUAUGUACUUGAGGUCAUGAGCAGGUAAAGUUGCUGCAAUGAAAGUGUGUUCUUUUUUUUUUUAUUGGGAGCUAGUAGAAUUGGAGAUACCACAACAUUUAUUGAAACAAUGCCCAUUUGAUAUUCAGUGCCAUAUACUAUUUUGUUUGCUUUGUGCGUUGAUCUAGGCUAUGGUGAAUCAUUCGUUAAGAAGCUGUAAUAUUGAAACACUACUGUGCCUGAAAUGUGAAGAAAAUAAAUCUUGUGUAUAUGAUAGCCUGAAAGGACAACACUUUUUCUUUGUCUGGCUUUCUCUUAUGGGACUGUGGUUCUUGUACUGUAGCUGUUAUGGAAGCUAAGCACUUGAAAUAAAUGAUAAAAUAACUUUGUAAUGUUUUGGUGUGUGUUCUUUCUUUAAGACAACAUAUUUAAACCUCUUUUAAAAAAAUGUCAUGAAGCCUUAGUAAAAAUAUGCCCUUAUUAUAUAGUGUAACUAAAUAUUAAUAGUGCUAAUUGUUCUCAACCAUUUCAUUACAUAUAUUGUGUGGCUGACUAGCUGAUCAAUUACCUUACUAAAAUACAUCUUUGGCCAAAUGUUCGGUUGGUACUGGCGUUCAGUUUACACCUCACCUUCAAGUCUGCUUCUAUCUCAAACUUUGCAAUGCAGUAAGUGCUGGUGUGUUGGGAGGGAGCAGCUGAUUAAUUAAAAUGUGAUAGCCUGGUUGAUACUUCAUCUUGACAGUAAUGCCACUGGGACACUCUCUUCUUAAGUCACAGAUAUCUAGUGGAUUGUAUAAAACCCACCCAACUCCUGUAACACAGUGUAAAAUGCUCCGUAUCUAUUAAGUAUGUGAUAGACCAGAAUUAGUGGUAUUAUUUUGUUUAUCACCGUGAUUUAGUUUUGAAGGGAAAAUGAAGUUAAGCGUGACUUGUGACUUAAUUGAAGGGCUAAUUAAAUUGAUUUGACAUUGGUGUUAGUUUUAUGCUACUUCCCAAAUCAAGACAGCAAAACUGUGGGGAAAGGUAGAAUUAGUAUGAAAAAGCUGCAGAUAGACUCACAUCAAUCCUCUUCCAUCCUUUUCCUCCUGUUGGACGAACUGAAACCAGAUUUGUCUGGUUCAGCCUCUCCGUGACUGACACAAGUGAGUUAUGAGUGGUGAUUGUUUCUUCACAGCAUGUCUCUAGCUUAUGUUCCCUUCUACCCAUUUGUUCAUUGUAUUGUAAUUCUCUUUUAGAGACUCAGCAUUUUAUAACUUAACAGCUUUGGAUUUUUGUGAUGUUUGUAAUUUAAUUCCAAAUACUGGAGCUAAGACUGCAGAAAGAGUUAAUGAUGAACCAGUCUUUCAGAUGUGGCUUUUUGGUUAGAAACCAGAAACCACACAACACUUAAUAGCUUUAGCUUUCAAUAUCUACGUGGGCAUGAUUUUGUAACUUGCUAGGCAACAUGCUGUUGAAAUCCUGCUAAUGCUUUAGUGAACUUGAUAUCAGCUGAAUUGGAAGUGACUGAAACCCAAAAGAAUGGUUUUGUUGUUGGCUGUUCUGUUCCAGAAUAACUUGUGUCAGUUCUGGUGCCGGUGUCCACAGUUGUGUAAUGCAUCUGCAAUAUGGUCAUUGCAGUUUGAAGAACUUAAGCUUCUUUGUGUAUCAGCCAUUGGCUUGAAGACUGAAUAAUUUAUCUGGAUGGGAAACCCUUGUUUCAUAAUUGACAGUAUAAUAGGAAAACCUUAAGUAGUUCAGGUGGCUUGAGAAGUCCAUUUCUCUGUUUUCCCUACCUUAAGGUUAGAGGAGAUACAUUUAGAAUUUCCCCUUGUGUGUGUGCACAUAUAUCUGGUCUCUAAUAACCAGCUGCUGGAUCCUCUAACUGCUGUUACACUGAAGUUGUAGGCUGCAACUGUAGAAUUCCCUGUGUGAAAGAGCCAGGUUAGUUUGACAGACUGGAUCUGCUUGCUCCUCCUGAUUCUUCUCUGGACUUUACCAGGCUCCCCAGAUGACAUCAGGAUGGUUAGUGUAGUACUGUAAAUCAAGUUCGGCACUUAUUUGUUAGCUAUGGAAUUGUCUUAGUUCACAAAAGUGAAAUAAACACAAAAUAUCUGUUUCUUGAGUGUGUGAAUGAAGGUGGAAACACUGUACGGUUCUCAGCUAUGUAACAGGAGAAGUUUGUGUCUUGGUUUUUGGUUUCUGUGUUGUAAAGGCAAAAAUGUAAAAAAUUAAAAGCCAGCGGUGUUGUGUAAUGAGAAGGAAGAAGUUGCUCUUCCAUAAGUUCCCUCAUAAGUGGAGGUUUAUGUUUUCCUCCUUGCAUGUGCUUGUAUUCCUACCUACCAUGGGUGAGGUAUGAACCACAGUGCAGAAGGCUUCCGUGGUAGGAAUGCAAUGAGAAAAGAGGUUGCUCAGACUUCCCUGUCUGAGAGGAGAGGAAACAAUGUGAGAAAGGGACCUGCAGAGUGGGAGGUGAAUGGAGCUGUUAAAUGAGAAGUUAAAGCACUGACAAGAGACUUCUGAGGCAAGGUGAUGUUAUCUAAAUGAUGAGCAAGUAUCAUGGUGGCAUAUGUCAGACCAGCUUUUAUAUCCCCUAGUAAAGCUACGUAAUCAGCAGAGUCAUCUCUUCGGAAAUGUUUGAUAUUUUUGGUUAGAGCUGUUGAUUGGCUGGAUCCCAGUAUCAAGCAGUGCCAGAUAGCAGUGUUAGUAAUUAGUCCAGGGUUUUGAUGCACAGGUCACUGGUGGAAGAUGAGGUCCAAUGUCUUUUUCACCUGAGUUGUCACCUCCAGUUUAAAUGCUUGGAAUAUGGGCAAAAGCAGACAAAUGGGAUGAAUUUGAUAUAAAUUUCUUGUACUUAUGCCCUUUUUUUAUUAAACUUAAAUGCCUGAAAUAUUAAAUGUGGGGUUGUUUUGGUUGAAUAGCUGUCUUUGUUUUCAAAAAGUGUUACAGAAAUUUGAAUCACCCAUAUGGAUUUCAACAGAAAGUUUGUCAGACACUGAAAAUUAUCUUUCAAUGUUAAAUUCUCCUCACUUUUUUCUGUUGCCAUGGACAGAGUGAAUUUACAUAGAUGGUUCCUAUUAAGCCAAGACUGUUAUUUUAGCUUGCUACUUCCCAACUCUGUUAUUUGCUGAAUGAAAUUAAUCUGUUGUCUCUUCUUUUCACUGUUCUCCUACGCCAAUUGUUGCUCUCUUCCAUGAGAUCUUAUCUUUUCAUCUUUCCAAGAAAAGGUUAUGGAUUUUAAAGAUAUGUAAAUGAAGGGGAGAAUGUUUUCCCUGUGUUGGCUAUGCACAAGAAUCUAGGCAUGUUUUUUGGUUGAAGAACAAGUAUCUUCAAAGAUAAUGAGUGUGGAGCGUGGGGAUUUUGCAGCUGUCUGUUUUGAGUCACCGAAUUACAGUUUAGGUUAAAUUCUGCAAGCUGGACAGCAAAGCAGCUGUUCCUGCUUCACACAGCUACAAUUCCAUUUGCUACAUGUUCCUGCCUUCUUGUAAGUGGUUUUUGAAAUCAUAGAGCUGAGUUUAAGAUAAGGCGUAAUUCAAAACAGCAGAAUUGAAUAAGUGGUAGUGCUGCAGGUGGUAUUAGCUCAGCAUGAUGGCAUGGCUUUUGCAGUUCUGAGUGCAAUUAUUAAUUAAAGAGAUGAACUGCUGGGUUGGUCACCUUGUUGCUGUUCUCAUCUCUGGUAAUCUCUGCCCUACUUUCAGUUUAUUUCUACUGACAUAUUCAUUUGAAGAAAGGGUAAUAAUAAAUGUGAAUGUAAAAUAGCUUGAUGAAGAAACCCUGAACCCAUAUAUCUUGUGUGAGAAAAAUUAGAAAAGGUCAGAAGUCAUUGUUUCCUCUUCUGUGAAAUAUGUUUGCAUGUGAUACUUCUGUUAAAAUUGAGGCUGUUGGUUCUUCAGACUGUGUGUUUAGAAAUGUCACUUGCAAGUGUUUAGGACAUAGAGCUGGUAUUCAUGGAACAGAUCACUUCUUGUCACUUGGAAUAAUGUAUCGACAUGCCUUUCAUACUUCAGGAUAGUGUGCUUGAUUCAGAUUUGAAGUAUAAUCUUUUUCAAUUAUACUUUUAUUAUACUUUUAAAAUUAUACAAUUAUACUUUUUGCAGAACAAUAAAUUCUUUAAGGAAUUUUGAAGUGGUCAGAGAAAACAAUACUAAAUCUUUUUAUAUCUUGCAGUAUAAUUGAAAUAACAUCAAAACAAAACAACAAAACAAACCAGAAGACAAUGCAACAUUUUAGGUAUUCCUGCUCUUCUGAUUCUUUGCACUGCAGUGAAAAUUGCUGGUCUCAAUAUGAUUAUUAAUAACAAAUGUAGAAUCAUGGAAUAGUUUUGGUUGGAAUGGACCUUUAAAGAUCAUCUAGUCCAGCCCCACUGCUGUGGGCAGAGACAUUUUUCACUAGAUCAGGUUGCUCAAAGCCCUGUCCAGCUUUCAGAGGUGGGGCAUCCACAACUGCUCUGGGUGAGCUGUUUCAAUGUCUCACCACCCUCAUCGUAAAGAAAAAAAAAAUUCCUUAUGUCCAGUCUAAACUUAGACCCUUUAAGUCUAAAGCAGUCAUGCCUUGUCCUGUCAUUACAGGCCUUGAUAAAAAGUCUGUCUUUUCUUGUAAGUUCCCUUUAAGUAUUGGAAGGCUACACAAACACGUUCCCAGAGCCUUCUCUUCUCCAGGCUGAACAACCCUCUCAGCCUUUCUUCAUAAGAGACAUGGUUCCAGCUCUCCAGCCAUUUUCAUGGCCCUCCUCUGGACCCACUCGUAACAGGUCUAUGUCUGUCUUGUACUGUAGACCCCAGCAAGACCCCUCAUGAGAGCAGAGGGUGAGGAUGACCUCUCUCAGCCUGCACAAUUGGCCUUCUGGGCUGCAAGACAACCUGAUCUGAUAGUCAAGAUGACUGGAAGUAUCUGUUAUAUGCUGUUAUUAAUAGUGCAUACAUUUGUGGUAUAUUCAGUUCUUUCUUAAGGUGGAGAACUGGUAAUGUAUUAACUCCAGCUUAAACAGCUCCUUGACAAAUUCAUAUCUUGGCAAUGUAAAGUCACUAGCAGCUGAAGACCUUAUUCUGUUGCAUUCCAGCUUGCUUGCUUGUCAAGUGUGUGGGUAGGCUUUCUUUCUGUAUUUAUAACUUGUAAACAAAGCCUCUAUUUAUUCCAAAUCAAUGGCAGCUAAACAAGGGCUGCAAUAUCUCUGGCCUUUAUUAAGAGUAAAGUCUUAAAUGAGAACUGGGAGGAGGGCAAAGCUAGCUAUCAUUCCAGAGCAAUGUAAUGUGCAAAAAUUACUGGUUAUGUUGUAAACCAAGUUGUUUGUUUCCUUGUAUUUGUGAAGGCCUGUGCUGUUUAACUGUACCAUGCAGUACAAACAUAUUCACAAGGAGAUCUGACAUCAGUAGCAUCUGUAGAACAAAUGUAGAAAGUAGAGGUGACCCCCCCCAUCCAACCUGAUGUUAAUAAAACACACUAUUCCGUUCCAUGUGUCUUGUAGUCUCCUAAAAGCAUUGCAAUGAAGUAUCUGAAAUCUUUAUAUUAAUUAAUAAAUGUUAUCCCUCUCUUCCCAUUAGCUACAUAAGGUAAGUGGUUUGUGCUGAAAUGGGUGAAAUGAGUGGAUUUUGGGAGUAAGUAAGCAUGAUAAUUUGCUUUAAAAAGGUGUUAAUCUUUUGCUAUCUUCCUUUGACAAAAGUUACUAUAAAUGCUAUUAUUUGAAUAUAAACUGAACACAGAUUGUAUUGUUGUAGAGGUUGUGAAAAUGAAACCUGUUUAUCAGGCAGAUUUGUAUAAAUCAUGUUAUACAUAAUUAAGUGGAAUACUAACUGGUCAUUUCAUUUCUAACCUUGCGCAAAUGCAGCAUUGCUUGACUAGAGCUGGCAUCAUUCAUCUCAUUUUCCAUGUGGGUUAUUAGUCUUACUGCAGUAGGCCUGUGGGAAGGAAGCAGUUAUUUGAGCAGAGUUUGGUUUACGCAGUUCAGCUUCUUGUGUGAUUGUUUUAAGUUGUAGCAUGCAAUUAAAUACUGUAAUGGACAAUUUAAAUCUAAUGUGUUUCCUGAUAUUUGUUUACAUCUCUCCUAAAAAUUGAGCAAGUAAGAGUUGAAGGACAGAGCGGAUAGAUUUGAAGAGGGGGGAAAAAAAACUCACAUGGGAGCAAAUUUUUUUGGUGGGAGAUGAAUUUCCUUAACUAUCCUUGUGUCUUGUGUAAAUUUGUGGGCCUUUUGAAGCAAUAACAUGACUUUCUGAAUCAGUGUUUUGCUUGUUUUCUUUAUUAUUUUAUUUUUUUUUCUUCUUCUGACUUUUUCCAGUAAAGAUGGGUAAAGGACAGGAUCCUUUGCCUACACAAAGGAAAAUCUAUUUUCAGAGUAAGAAAAGGUAGCUCUUUCGAAUAUUUGAAGGUUGUAUCAUACACGUUUUGUUAUUUUGGCCAAUUUGAAUGAGAGAAUAAAAAACAGUUCUCAAAUGUCACAUUUUAUGGUAAGCUUGCUUUCUCUAGGUUGCUGACCUGUGCUGAGUUGUAUGUGCCUUGUAAAAAUGAUGAUUAUUCUUGUCACAAGGUACUAAACAUAGUAAACUGUCUGAGAAGUGAACAAAAUUAUUUUUCUGUAACCCUCUGUGAAACCAUCCAGAUGGCGGUCUGCUGCUGCUCUGAGUGUAACUCUGAGAAUCUCUGUGCUUUUCACUUUCAUCACACUUAGAGGCAGCAGAGGGGAGGAGAAGGUGGGAAGAGUAGACUUCAGGCACCUGUUUGGAGUGCUAAGGCAAAUGAAAGGACAUUGUUACCCCACAGUUUCUACAUAAAUGAUUUUGAUGGAAGUAAUUUUCAAAUACCAUUGGGUAUUGAGGCAUUGACUGAGCUGUUUAUCUUUGCCAAGUUCACAUGAUAAGCAUAAGGGAAAGCAGAUAUGAAGCAAGCAAACAACCCUGUGUUUAUUUUAAUGGCUUUCUUCAAGUCAUAGCCAAAUCAAUGUGAAAAGCAUGGUGUCAUUUUGUACAAGUUAUAUUAUGUGCUGUACAGCUAAAUUAUUUGUUGAGAAAAAUGAGUAGAGUAAUGGCAGUUGGAUGUCUAGAACUAAAGAAGGAUAUGAAGUGAAGCUGCAAGAACUGAAUUAGAACUGCAAGAGUGUUUGAAACCUACUGAUCUCUGUUGUUAAGAGAACACAUAGAAGCAAUAACUAGCCUUGCAUUUUAUUCUGCGGACACGGCCCAUGGGAGUGUAAAGGAUUUGUGUCACGUUAACAUAGCUUUAUUGCUAUGUUUGGAGUUUGAGUUCUCACAGUUAUGCUGCAGAGGAAGAUUAUUAUUCAAGUAUCUGCCUCAGGGUAUUCUGCAUUUGAAGAGUUUGUUCUCUGAAUCUUUGAGACCUUAUUGACACUUUCCAGUAUUUAGAAAGGGCCUGUAAGAAAGAUGGGGACAGACUUUUCAGCAGGGUCUGUUGUGAUAGGACACAAGGGGUGAUGGUUUUAAACUAAAAGAGAGGAGAUUCAGGCUAGACAUGAGGAAGAAUUUUUUUACAAUGAGGGUGGUAAAACACUGGAACAGGUUGUCCAGAGAGGUGAUAGAUGCCCCAUCCCUGGAGACAUUCAAGACCAGGCUGGAUGGGACUCUGAGCAACCUGACCUCAUUGAAGAUAUCCCUGCUCACUGCAGGGGCGGUGGACUAGGUGAGCUUUAAAGGUCUCUUCCAACCCAAACUAUUCUAUGACUUUUGUGAGUUUCACUUGAUAUCUGCUUCAGAAGAGCUGAUGCUUCUGAAGAGUAUUUCAUUGCCUGGACUCAUACAGGACUCUGCCAGGGAAGUUGGCUCACUAUUUUAAGAUUUAUCUUGGUGGACUACUGUAUAUGCUGAUGGUAUCAUUAUGGUAUCAAUUACAACUUGGCUUUCUGAUUUGGGCAAGGUUAGAAAUGAAAUGACCUGUUAGUUAAUUGUGUAUGGCAUACUUGGUACAAUCAAGUGAUACUGCUGCAGGGUUUUGCAACUGGUGUUGCACACCAGAAUUCAGCUCUAAAUUUGUUGAUGCAGUUAAAGUUCUAAGCACUUGGAUUUUACCUCAGUUGAUACACAUUUAUGAGUGGAAUUUUCUACCUAAUUUAGCUUUCAUGUAGCAUUUUUUGAAGUGCCUGAUAAGUGUUGAAUAACUUGGAUAACUAUAAUUACUGUGCAACAUACUUCAUACAUCAGGCCAUACAAAUACAGAUUGACUUCUGUUGAAAUUAUUUGGAAACAUUGAGUGUACUAAUUAAAUUUUGUUAAUGAGAAGUUAAUUAUGCACUAUUUUCUGUACUUGAGGGCCAGUUUUGUGUAAAAGGUAAUAGAAUUACUUUUUUUUAAUUUCUGUUUCAUACACAUACACUUUUAGUACAAGCCUUGGGUCAAUAAAAGAAAUAAGUCAACCAGUACUGAUCAGUGCUGUGACACAUUACCUUAACACACCUAAUCUGCUACAGGCUAAGAAGAUAAUGUGCAAGUGCUGUACACGCAGUGUCAUUAUUGCCAGUACCCAUUGUGCUUAGAAGUGCAUAUUAAUAAGCCUGAAUUCCCUGGAUAACAGCAUGCCAAGUGCACUUGAAAUGUGUUUGUGCAUGUAUCUAGGGAUGUAAAGUCUUUUGUAGUUUACUUGGUAUGUGCUCAGCAGCUCUUUUGUUAUUCUUGAAUGCCACAGAAGAAGGCUUGAAAUGACAGCAGAAAAUCUAACUAAAGCAUCUCUUACAUCUUGCCAUUGUCUUUAAAGUCCCCAUACAGCCCAGAACCUAUUCCAGUCCACUUUAUCGUAUUGUGUUCUGGCAAUGCUGACCAUGCUGGUUGGCCAUGAGAUUGCAUUUGAUUGUCCUAGAAACUCUUGGACCCACAUGGAAGUCAAAUGAAUUACACUGAUAGAAAGUGGUUGUCUGACAUGAAGGCAAGAGGAAUAUUUUUGCUUUGGGUUGUUGAGAUUAAUAAAGUACUACAGUUGCAGGGUUUUUUCAGUGUUCAGCAGUAGAAGGAAGCAACUCAACUUCAUCUCUUUCUUUUUUGCAUAGCUAUUCUGUUGCAACCAAGGCCACUGCUUCAGGUACCAUGCAUAAAUUGUGGGUUUUGUGGAUUAGUGCGUCUUAUAUGAAACUGCAGGGGAUUGUAGAGUGCUAGGCCCACUAGUAAAGUAUAACUAUAUUGACAGAGCAUCAGCUAUCUUUUGAGACAAGAGUCAUUUAGGGUCAUCAGGUUUAGAACCAGUAACAACCAUCAGCUGUUUCUUUUUUUUUUGUUUGUUUGUUUGUUAUUGAGGAAAACAGGAACAGAUCAGAAUGUUUCUAUAAAUUAUCAGUCUGUGAAGAUCUGUGAUACAUAAUUAAGUAGCUGAAUUGCAUGUAAAUGGGAUGAGUUUUGUGUUAUCCAUCUGUACUUUGUUGAGAUGAAUCUAAUUAUUUUUGAGUGACUAGCCUAUCGAUAUUCGGUACCUUGGUAGUAUUUUCUUGCUGUGACUAUGUAACCAUUUGAAAGUUGGGUCUGAGCAGUAGUUUUUACUUAACGUUGCGAGAACUUUGACAUGCACAAACUGGGCCAUCUUUAAAUUCAACCCAGCUGUUGUAGAAAAUAAUCUGAAUAUUCUUUCAAUGCUACCUACAGCCUGCUGCUAACAUCUAAGUGCAGAAAGACUACAAGUCCUUACUGUUCCCUGAUCUGUGGUGUGCACUACAUAUGCAGGAGAAGGCAUCUUUGGAUGUUCAUUGUGGAAUUUUGUAGCAUAAUACUACCUUCUGUAUCUUAAAAAUACAGAUAUCAUAACUUCUCAUUUCGAUAACAACCAGUCUUGUAAGAAUUCUGCAAGAAUGCAGUGAGUUCAUCCAAUGCUACAACGGUGAUGGCCGUCUGUGUUCUCCAACAUUCUCCUUAUGUGGAUUGCUGGAGUUGUACAGUUGCAGUGCUGAGACCUCAAAAUUCAACAUGGCAUUUGAUGCUCUGAUACUAUUUCACUAGUAUCUCUGACAAGUCAGCAGUAUUUAACUAGACUGUAGAUAAAGAUAGUGACAAACUCAAAUAGCAUGGUUUCAAAUUCUGUUCUUAAUGUUUAGAGUUCAAACUGACCAAAUUUGUGAGCUCAAUGUAACAGAAAAGUUCCUCAGAGGUGUUACUGUAUCUUCUGUUGAUAAUGGAAAUGACAGCUGUUCUUUCUGUAAGCAUUGGGGGGGCGGGCAAAGCUAGACUAACUGCAGGGUUGGACUGGAAAGUCUUUGGAGCAUUGAACACUUACAGCAGGUUUUUCAAGUAUGCCUACUGCUGUCAGUCUGAGCAAAUCACCUGCAAGGCAGAUGUUUAAGAUUGACUAUUGGCAGUCUAGAAGAUUCUGCUGGUGUAGAGAAGCCAGUAAUUUGUGCUGCUAGCUGUCAAAUAUAUUAGGGGCGGGAAACCUAAUUAGUUCAUCACUUGACAUUUUCUCUUAAAGUAAAUGUGAAGCCAUGAAUUUCAGUCCUGAAAGUUGACAGUAAUGUAUUUCCUGUGCUUGGAAUAAUUUUCUUCUUUGUGACAUGGAGGUGUAAAGUUUAUUUUGCAUUGCUAAAAGGGAUAUCUCAGGGUGGCAUACUCUGUUAAAGUUCUUUAAGAAGUUGCACUGAAAUUUUUUUUACUUGUUAUUAGCAGGCCAGUCUGAAAGGCAACUUAAAAAUCAAGCAGGAGCAGAAAUGUGUUUUAGUUGGAACCAAUGAUGUAUAUGAAUGAAUGUGUGGGCUGAUGGGGGCAAGGGUUUGGGGAAAACUAUGCUGCGACUCAGUUUGAGUGGUUAUCUUUUAUUCUGUGUGGCUGUGCGAAGGAGAUGCAACACUGACUGCUGCUGGGACGUUUCAUGGUGACCUUUGUCUGCACCAUUAAAAUGCUGUGAAUGAAAGCAUGGUGAGAAUGGAGAUAUUCUCUACAAUUCUUCUGGCUGUUUGGGAGGAGUUUGUCAGUUGAAGGAUGUAAAAAGUUAAGCUUCCUUUUGAGCCACUUCUGUAUGUGGUGAUCUAGGCAUUCCAGUCUGUCUUAGACUGUGCUCCAUGCCACAGCUCCUCUCCUCCUCUGUUAUAUUAACAGAACGGAUACACGGUUCAUCUUUGGAAUACUAGGAUGGUACAGAUUUGUAGUGUCAAAGAUAUCUUCAGGACAUUUAAUUUGUUAUUCUUCCAGAACAGAAACUAAGUAAGUGACGAUGCUUGAGGAGGGAGCUACUUCUGCUGAUCUGUACAGUCAGCCCAGUUGCAAAGAAGGAUUUAGAGCACUGGCUCAGUAUUUGCAUGAGCUGAUUAUAGAGGUAGGAGAUGAUUCAGUCUGUCUUAUACAUUUAAAUAAAUAAAAGAUACAAAAUGUGUUCAUUGAUGCAUGAGGAGAUAAUGCUAAAUGUCAAAUCAAUCAGCUGUAAGUUGAUCUCUAGUGUUACUCUAGUAGACAAAUUGUAAGCAGGUAUUUAUUGGCAUAUGAGAGUCAAUUUUUUAGAAUUAGUUUAGUCUUUCCCUGUACCAUUUUGUAUUUGUGUUUCUAAUCCAUGCAACAGAUAAAUUUGUAGAAGAUGAAAUAAAGUGAAGUUGCUGUCUGGUGUCACCAGGCAUAUGAUGGUUCCAGUAAAGGCUAAAAGUAAGAUAGUUACUUAAGAACAGAUUACCAUGCAGGUUUGUUUUGAAUCCCUGGUUAUUUCUGGCAUGUCUUCAGUUUUCUUCGAUAAAACUAUCAUUGCCCUUAUUUGUAAAAUCUUAACAUGAAAUGGCUUUAAAUUCAUCUGUCCAUGUCUAUGAAGUACCUACUUCUUCUGAGCCUCAAAACUGAAGAAAAGCUAUUAAUACACUUCAGAUUUUUUAAUCAAAGGGAAAAAGCUAAUAUUUUACAUUAUUUUCAUAGGUUUUGUAGAUUGCCCUGAGUAGUUGUAGACUAGUGGACUUGAUACCCUUCUGUGUUGGAGGGAAAGCAGGCAAGUACUUGUGCUGUGAAUAACUGAUGUCUUUUGAAAGUCCAGUUUUAAUGCAUAGAUGAGCAACAGUGUAAAGUGACUGGUAAUGGCUGCUGUAGUUUCAAGACCAACAAAUGACUUAGUUUCCAAGAUUUUUUUUUUAAUACCAUGACUGAGUUUUAGAAAUUCAUAUAAAUUCAUAUUGGAGGAAACUGAAAGAUUGUAAGAAAUUGAACAGACUAAAACAAAGAUAAAUAGGUGUUCCUUGGUGUUUUCUGGCAGUGGGGGAAAAACUCCUCAGAAUAAGCCUUGCAAUACCUGUCCUGAAGUUAAAGCUAAGACAUUGUUUUGAUUCUAUUAAACAAACAAACAAAACCAGGACACAGUUAAAUCAGGUAUUAAAAGGCAUGUAUUUUAACUAAACUGUACACACUGGUUCCCUUUCUCCGAACCUCUUAGUUCUUCAUAUACUUUUAUGUAAGAGGGCCUGACACUUCCUUUCUAUCUGUCCAAAUUUUAAGAGUUCCUAUUACUGUUAUUGACUUAUUCCAGAGUUUCCUACCUCUGUGUGGUUUUUUUUGCCUUAGGUUUCUCUGUGCAAUGUUCUCAAAGAUAAACCAUUUUAUGUGGCCUUGAAAUUGAUCUAGGACUUUUGUAAGACUUGUCAGUCAGAACAUAGGGUUUAUCAGUCAUCUUAAUUGUUAUUAUGGCAAUUUCUGGAUAAUUUUCUGAUGCUUUCUUAGUUAUGUUAGGUAUUUUCAGCUUCUUUAUCUUUUGUUUUUUUGAGUUUUACUUUUUCCUUUUGUCUUGACAAGUGUUGUCUAUCGAGUAUUGUACGUAUUAUAACAAAUGUUCUUUUCACUCUUGUGUGUUACCUGAAAUGACUUGUGGCUGGCUAGUCAUGCUAUGUGGAGCUUCAGCUUAUGCAUAGCACUUGCAAAGUCUUUUAUUGGAGGAGGAGGAUGUCACAGGAGUUUAGGGUCUGAAGGAAUGAAAAUUACUAGGACAGUAGGACAACCUGGUUUGGAAGGGCUUUUCUCCACUAAUAAGGAGAGCAGUUAAUCUCUUCCCAUUGUCAAUUUGAGGAAUCAGUACAGAUACAUUUGAGAGCUCAAAAAUGUGGCAAACAAGAUGUCUAAGUCCUCCCAGGUAAUGUUUAAGUUUUAUAUCUCUAGUUGGCUUAAUCUUGUCCACAUGAACUUUCCAUUAGGACUUGCAUGUUUACGCUUAACAGUUCUCAUGAACGAACACAUGCAUUGCUUUUAAGACUUAAAUAGUAGUGUAAUCUGAGAUGAGAGCUGUAGUGCAAGAGCUAAAUAUAUCCUUACAGCAUAGCGCAGAAGUCCAGCAUUCAGAAAUUAUUUUUUGCAAAUAAGGAGGACUUUGAUACUUUUAUAGCACUUGUUAUAAAUAACAAACAGUUAUUUUUCACAUGGUAGUGUAAUUUAAUUUGAACUUAUAUGGUUCUGGAGAUACUGUUAAGCACAAAGUAUAGUGAAGUUAAUGUGAAACAAAUCAAUUUAGGAUAAAUGGUAAUGCUCAGUUUAUGGGGGCUAUGCAAAUGCUUAAGUAGUACAGUGUCAGAGUUGGAGCAGUUGUAGGUGGCUGAUACAUGUGUCAUGUAGUGCCACAAGAUGCACAAAAUGAAAAAAGAACUUAGUUCCACUUGAUGGCAGAAAUGGUUGAAAUUGUAUUGAAGCUUCCAUAGUGGAAUGUGUUAAUUGAAUGUUAAUGGGGAAAUGUGUUGUCAGUGUGGAUUUCUGUAUAAUUUUUGCAUAAAGUGUUACAUGCUAAUUGAGCAGUUCACUUUCAUCUAGUUGUAAGAAAUGUGAAACGGGAAAAAACAAUCUCUUAAGAAACCCUGAGCGGUUGUAAUUGAAUUUAAUGCAUUUUAUAAUACUUAGCACUGAAAUGGAAGGAACACAGGUGUUUGGCCUCUGCUUUUUGAAGUUUUAACUAUUAUCUUGCUACAGUUGAACUGUUGUAUUCCAGAAGUAAUAAAAUUGCCUUAGGCAGCUGGAUUACGAUUGGAUUUUAAACUGUGUCGAUUUCAAAGUAGGAUUCUCCUGACUCUGAGCAUGCUACUUGUUGUACUGAAGAGAGAUGCACAGCUAGAAUACAAGAGACAGCUUUGCAAACUGCUUUUUACAGAUGAAGCAGUAGGUAACUCUAUUGUGCCACUUGUCCAGAAUUAUAUUCUUCAAUUUCUACUUUUUUGUAGGAAGUCCACAGGAGUCUGAGGCCUGGGAUGACUUGUGUAACACAGCAGUUUCUGCAAUGCACAAUUGAAUAUUAAAAGGUGUAAAAACACAGGUGCCUUUUGAUCCUAAACUUUGUUUAAGUACAAAAGCUUUCUUGAGUGUGGAGGAGUUAUUUUUAAAGAUUGUGUGGAGGGUUUAUGUAGAAACUGGUUUUCAGGUGCUUUUGAAAAAGCUAGCUGAAAUAGUGGCCCAGUGUAGUGGUAAGAGAUGAACACAAACGUGAGCCUUAUGGAAUCCACUGAGGGUUACUUAGGAGGGACUGACUUUUCUGACCUCAAACACAUGGUGCUCAGCCUGUAACUGGGCAAAUCAAACCAUGCUGGAGUCAGAAGUGAUUGAACUGUGGCUUUAAACAAUCUAGCUGUCAAGUUACCUGUUUACUGAAUCUGAAAAUAUGCUAAUGAAACAUUGCAUAGUAUAAUAAAAGGUACAAAAAGUAUUAGUCUUUGAUAGAACAUGCCAGUUUGUGGGUUUCCCCCCACCCCUGCAUGAAAACAUUGAUUGACCCAAAUAAUUUCCACUUUAAGUAGCAAAUGCAGCUAACAGUGCAGAGCUGCUGUCUGAUAGGGUGGGAGCAGAGUUUUGAUGUCCCUUCUUUGCACACUGGGUGCCAAACUAAAUGAGAUGAUUUACCAGUUAACUAUCUGAGCAUGCACACAAACUGCCACACCUCAUGUGGUACAUCCAGGCUUAACCAGUUAAGUGAAGAGCACUGUAUCUUCUGUUUCAAAAUACCCUAUUUUCUCAGGGGUAGUUUUGUAAGGAGGAAAAAAGUUUCUCCACAGUUUUGUUUAAGAAAAAGAAACAAAAAAAAGAACCCCAGAAACAGCAAAAAAGCUGUUUGCAAACAAUUUUUUGAUAGAAGACUUCUUAGGUUAGCCUUUAAUCUAACUUCAUAGGUUGCUAAGAGAGAACUUUGAGAGAAAUAUAGUUGUUUAGGAAAAGAAAUUAAGUUUAUGGUUAUCUUUAGCAGAUAUCAAAUAGCACAGUAAGUGAUUAUCUUGCAAUUGCUACUUUUGCUGUUAAAACUUAGUUUUGUUUCUAAUGACUGCUUGUUGAAGAAGAUUCUGACUUGAGUAUUACCUACAAAUCUUAGUUCUAGUUGCAGAAAUUCUAGAAUAACCAUUUUGAAUAUCAUUCAAACUUGCGGCUUGUGUGGGAGGAAGAAUUGCUUGGGACAUUGGGUCAUGUAGUCCACCGAACUGUUCUGCUGUCUCACUAUUGAAGGCUCUGUGUUGCUGCAAUAUAUAAUUUGGAGCCAAUGACCUCUGAAAAUUUUGAUUUUACAGGCAGGAGCCACAGAAAUGUGGAUUUUAUUCUCUGGGCUGAAUUCAAGUUUAGCGUUAGUUUUUAUCACCCUGCUGCAGUGUACUGGAUUAAGGUCACGGCUGCAAUUUGAGCAUGUGGCUGAAAUAGUUGUUGAAAAUAUCUUCCCUCCUCAUUCUCAAGCUUGUAUUGCUGUGCACAUCACCUUCUGUGAAAUAAAGCUCUGGAAUUAUAGUGCAAGUUUGUUCUGGAGAACUGCAUUAAAGCAGGUCUUUUAUAACCACAAAGAAGACAGGGAGGUAGAAUGUAACUUCAGUACAUUUUUGGUGAUGUUACUUGUUAGUGCUCAGCAUUAUUGUCCAAUAGGUAGUAUUGCUUGGUUGCAAAUAUGCUGUCUUCUUCCAAAGGUAGUUUAGGGCCAAGACAUCUCUGCUGUAGUUGUUUGCACUUUUAGAGGCUGACAGCUUUUAGUGAUUGUAGUCCUCAGAGGGGUGACUGCAUGCAGGAAGUAGUAAAAACAGACCAUAGGACAGAAACAGCUGCUUUGUUCUUGGACUGGUGGCAAAGCUGGAAAUGCUUGCAAAUCCCUGUGGAGAGUCAGAGGCCUUGGAAAAUGUCCUGAGACUUGGUUGCUUAGAAUGGCCUGGCGGGUGGAAUUAGAAAGUUAUUGUAGAGCAGGUACUGCUGGAAAUGGAAGUUAAAGGGGAGGAGAAAAACCAAACAAAACAACCCAAACCACACACACAAAACCCCCCAAAACACUGCUUUGCAACUUGAAGAGGGAAAACUUCAAAGAAAGUCUGCUUUCAGGAGAGAAGACCGCACAGAAGGCUCUAGGAGAAUGAUAAGCUACCUCAUGACCUUGAAAAAAAUCAUCUGUAUUUUUGUGAGGGUACAUUUGGCUCCCUUCUGGUAAAAACCUGAAGGUGCUGAGGUCCUGUUUUUACACUAAUCCUUUUUGCAGCUCAAUGUAUUGCUUGCAUUGUUAACCCUCAUCUCUGAAAUUCUGAAGAUCUCUUUUAUUGUCCUAGAAUGAUGACAGCUGGGCAGGUGAGCAUGGCUAGUUGUCCCAUUGUUCCCUAAAGCCUGACCUGUGUGGAGGAUUCGAGUAGCAAGUGACCUAUCAGUUCAACUGAACCACAGUUGUCAAGGCAGAAAGUUCUGCAGAUGCAUUUCCCUGCAGAUAUAACUAUUAAUGUAAUGUAUUUAUAUUUUCUUGAUUUUGUUGCAGAUGGCAUCCUAUUUGUUUUAAAAUCUACUUGGUAAUAGUUGUACAGCAGCCUUACAAACACUACUUUGUAAGAAGGCAUUUUCUUUAAAUUCUUAUUUUUAGGAUAUCAGUAUUACUUGUCAAAUGAGUUUUGCGUCUUUUGUUUUGUUUUUCAUUUCUUGAGCAUCUUCUCUGCUGCCUGUCACAAAGAGGUUAGGACUGUAAAGAUUAUACACAUAUUUAGAUGGCUAGUGAAAAUCAUUGAAGAAAAAAGUGAAACCUUCACUUUUGUUGUUUUUCUUCCAUAUUUUUUUUACCACUUUCCCUGUGACUAGAGUUUCGAUAUUAUGGUUUAGUUAAAGUUACUCAGUCACUUCAGGCAUAUGUGUGCUUUGGAUAGAAGACACAAAAGCUCAGAGUUAUAGACCAUCCAUCAUAGAUCUUUUAACUUGCUUCUCCAACUAACUGGUUGCUGUGAAAAAAUCUUUUUGGCUACUCAGAUUAGUUAAACCUUCAUUUCUAACUCCAUGUCCCUGGGGACUUCUGCAAACAGAGGAGACUACUCUACAUCUUCCCAGAUUUUUGUGCAGCUGCAGAGACAUGAGGAAGUAGAACACAGUGCAAGAAUAGGUCAACUUUUUCUCAAUCACACUGCAGAAGUUCUAGGCAAUUUUAGAGUUUUCUAGAGAGUUAAGAUACUGUAUCUUUGGUCUUUUUUCACAAGAUUGACACACACCCCUCUCAGAAUGUUUCAGAAUAACUGAAUAUACUUAUCUUUCAUUGAUAAAACUUUGUUCUUCUGCCUACUGUGUGUAUUUCUCUAAGCUAUGCUAAGGUCAUAUUGCAUUUAGUCUUUUGCUUAAUCAUCUUCCAUGCCAUCAGACUGAUAUGUCCCUUGUCACUUUGUCACUAAGGAAAAAAUUGAACUUCCUAAAGGCUUGUCAGGUACAAGUUCAGGGCAACAUGCCAAGUGGUAAAAAUAUCAACCAGAAGUGUUUUUCUCCACCCAUGCCCCUCCCCAGCCAUGGCAUUCCAGAAGGAGGGUUUGGCUUGGAUGUUCUUGGCCAGAAUUGCUUCCAAAAGCUUGUUGUCCAUCUGUUAGUACAGUUAAGCACUGUCCAAGGAGCCAAUAACACAUAAUUGUAGGAAACUUGAGUGUUAAUCAUCCAUGAGAGCAGCUGGAGUGAAAGUCAAUCCAGUAAAAGGUUCUGAAUUAUCUCAAACUAAAAUUUGAUGUUAAAGAAUAUUUUGCUGUUGUCUUCCUCUUGGACUACAUUGAUUAAGAAGUAGUUGAUUUCUAGAAACACUUAGGUAUCUUAGAAAUGCCUGUUUUGAAAUUAGUAGCUCAAAAAGCUUGCAUACUAUUUAAAUGUGGCCUUGUAGUGUACAUUGCAAAUAAUUAUCUAAUACUGGCCUCAGUAACAGCUCAGAAUUAUUGUUAACUUCUCAAGUUGUAUGUACUGUAUCCCUGAGUUGGGCUACUCUAAAUUUUCAACCAAGUUGGGAGCUUUGCUUCUUAAGUAUACUGUGAGAGAGGUGUAUUUUAUCACUUAAAAGCAUAAUGCAGAGCACUUAAAGGUUUUAGUGAAAUAAAUCCAUAUAAUAACUGAAGCACAGACUUAGAAACACAGCAAUAAAGAUGGAAGUUGAAUUCUAACAGUGUCACUUGGAUUAUUGACCUGCUCAGUUUUUGUCUACCAAAAUACAGUUGCUUUAUGUCACCAGUUUUCAUGGACAUGCUCACUUUCUUUGUUGAUCCAUGUGGCUUAUGCAUAGCUUUGUGGUAAUCAUUUACUUAAUGUUGGUUUUUACAUUCCCGUGGUCUGUGGCCAAAAUUAAUGUUCCUAAGCAGAUAUUUUAGUUAGUGCAUUCAACACACAGUUGUGUUCUUGGUAGGCUCCUGUAUUUUAUUUUUUAGGUUUCUGACUUCUGAGACCAAAAGCUGUCUGGGUAAAAGUUUCAGACUUUUUGCAGCUAUGACUCGUGUCUGUUCUGAUUAGCAGGGGCAAGCUGUUAGCUGGGCUGUUACAUUGCUAGACCUUCAGAUCUGAAUGUAAUAUAUCAACUUCAUUUAUCAUUAACUUGAGUAGACCUGUGCUAGCUGUUGCUCUUCUUGUCUGACAUAAUUCACAUAUCUGAGACGGUGAGGUCAGUUGUCACCUAUGUGCUAGCUUGAUCCAACAAAACCAUUACAUGCAGAAUUGGACACCUGGUUACUGGGAACAUUCCACAUGGUCAAGCAGUGCUCUCAGAUGAGAUUAUUUUCUUUUGAAUGAAGUUUAAUUUUGAGGUACUUCAGUAGGAACUUGCAAGUGACUUGCCACCAUGGUAGCUCUUUCCUUGAAGAUCUGUGUCCGCCAAUGCAACGUAGUGAAGACGAUGCAGUUUGAACCCUCCACUGCAGUGUACGAUGCCUGUAGAGUUAUUCGUGAACGAGUGCCUGAGGCUCAGACAGGGCAAGCCUCUGAUUAUGGGUUGUUCUUGUCAGAUGAAGAUCCUCGAAAAGGUAUAUGGCUGGAGGCUGGAAGAACACUGGAUUAUUAUAUGCUGAGAAAUGGGGAUAUACUGGAAUACAAAAAGAAACAGAGACCUCAGAAAAUACGUAUGUUGGAUGGUUCAGUGAAAACAGUCAUGGUGGAUGAUUCUAAAACAGUUGGUGAAUUGCUGGUUACCAUUUGCAGCAGGAUAGGAAUAACAAAUUAUGAGGAAUAUUCCUUAAUCCAGGAAAGCAUUGAAGAGAAGAAAGAGGAGAGUACAGGAACGCUUAAGAAAGAUAGGACAUUGUUGCGUGAUGAAAGAAAAAUGGAAAAACUGAAGGCAAAGCUUCAUACAGAUGAUGAUUUAAAUUGGCUAGAUCACAGCCGAACAUUUAGAGAACAAGGAGUCGAUGAAAAUGAAACAUUACUGUUGAGACGAAAGUUCUUCUAUUCAGACCAGAAUGUAGAUUCAAGAGAUCCUGUGCAACUUAAUUUGCUUUAUGUUCAGGCUCGUGAUGACAUUCUGAAUGGUUCCCAUCCUGUCUCCUUUGAGAAGGCCUGUGAGUUUGGAGGCUUUCAAGCACAGAUCCAGUUUGGACCUCAUGUAGAACACAAACACAAACCUGGAUUUUUAGACCUAAAAGAAUUCCUGCCUAAAGAAUAUACCAAACAAAGAGGGGCUGAAAAGAGAAUAUUUCAGGAGCACAAAAACUGUGGUGAGAUGACUGAAAUAGAAGCCAAAGUGAAGUAUGUGAAGCUAGCCCGUUCCCUGCGGACCUAUGGAGUGUCAUUUUUUCUUGUUAAGGAAAAAAUGAAAGGCAAAAACAAGCUGGUUCCUCGUUUACUGGGUGUCACCAAAGACUCAGUGAUGCGUGUAGAUGAGAAGACCAAGGAAGUGUUGCAGGAAUGGCCACUGACAACUGUGAAACGCUGGGCUGCCUCACCUAAAAGCUUCACGCUGGAUUUUGGUGAAUAUCAGGAAAGCUAUUACUCAGUACAGACCACUGAAGGGGAACAGAUCUCUCAAUUAAUUGCAGGUUACAUUGAUAUCAUCCUAAAGAAGAAACAAAGUAAAGAUAGAUUUGGGCUUGAAGGUGAUGAAGAAUCAACCAUGUUGGAAGAAUCUGUUUCACCUAAGAAAUCUACCAUCUUGCAGCAGCAGUUCAACCGAACAGGGAAGGUGGAGCAUGGCUCUGUGGCGCUACCAGCUGUUAUGCGUUCAGGGUCCAGUGGCCCAGAGACUUUCAACAUUGGCAUCAUGCCUUCUCCCCAGCAACAAGUCACAGUUGGUCAGAUGCACAGAGGACAUAUGCCCCCGCUUACCUCAGCUCAGCAGGCCUUGAUGGGGACCAUUAAUACCAGUAUGCAUGCUGUCCAGCAGGCACAGGCUGACCUCAGUGAAGUCGAUAACCUACCACCUCUAGGGCAGGACAUGGCAUCAAGAGUAUGGGUUCAGAACAAGGUUGAUGAAUCAAAACAUGAAAUACACUCUCAGGUUGAUGCUAUCACUGCUGGAACUGCAUCUGUUGUUAACCUUACAGCAGGGGACCCAGUUGACACUGAUUACACUGCUGUGGGAUGUGCAAUUACAACCAUCUCUUCCAAUCUCACUGAGAUGUCUAAGGGUGUGAAACUGCUUGCUGCUCUCAUGGAUGAUGAAGUUGGAAGUGGAGAAGACCUCCUGAAAGCUGCUCGAACACUGGCUAGUGCUGUAUCAGACUUACUGAAGGCUGUGCAACCUACUUCAGGAGAGCCUCGACAGACGGUUUUGACUGCGGCUGGAAGCAUUGGACAAGCGAGUGGGGAGCUACUCAGACAAAUUGGAGAGAAUGAAACAGAUGAAAGGUUCCAGGAUGUUCUGAUGAGUCUGGCCAAAGCUGUUGCAAAUGCUGCUGCCAUGUUAGUGCUGAAGGCGAAGAAUGUAGCGCAGGUCGCUGAGGAUACAGUCCUGCAGAACAGGGUCAUUGCUGCUGCUACGCAGUGUGCGCUCUCUACUUCCCAGCUCGUGGCCUGUGCGAAGGUUGUGACCCCCACCAUCAGCUCGCCAGUGUGUCAGGAGCAGCUGAUUGAGGCAGGGAAACUGGUGGACCGUUCAGUGGAGAACUGUGUGAGGGCCUGCCAGGCUGCCACUGACGACAUGGAGUUACUGAAGCAGGUCAGUGCAGCUGCCAGCAUCGUCAGUCAAGCCCUGAACGACCUCUUGCAGCAUGUCCGCCAGUUUGCGAGCAGGGGAGAGCCCAUCGGACGCUAUGACCAGGCUACAGAUACUAUCAUGUGUGUCACAGAGAGUAUUUUCAGUUCGAUGGGAGAUGCUGGUGAAAUGGUACGGCAGGCCAGGGUGCUGGCUCAAGCCACUUCUGAUCUCGUCAAUGCCAUGAGGUCAGAUGCCGAAGCAGAAAUUGAUAUGGAGAACUCUAAGAAGCUCCUGGCUGCUGCAAAACUCCUGGCAGAUUCUACAGCCCGCAUGGUUGAAGCUGCAAAGGGAGCUGCAGCCAAUCCUGAAAAUGAAGAUCAACAGCAGCGUCUGAGAGAAGCAGCAGAGGGACUACGAGUUGCUACAAAUGCUGCUGCACAGAAUGCCAUCAAGAAGAAAAUUGUCAACAGAUUAGAGAUUGCUGCUAAACAAGCUGCAGCUGCUGCUACUCAGACUAUUGCAGCUUCUCAGAAUGCAGCUGUUUCAAAUAAGAACACAGCAGCCCACCAGCAACUUGUGCAGAGCUGUAAGAAUGUUGCAGACCACAUUCCUCAGCUGGUGCAGGGUGUCAGAGGAAGUCAAGCUCAGGCAGAAGACCUCAGUGCCCAGCUUGCUCUAAUAAACUCCAGCCAGAACUUCCUUCAGCCUGGAAGUAAAAUGGUGGCAUCAGCUAAAGCUGCAGUCCCCACUGUGACUGAUCAAGCAGCAGCAAUGCAGUUAAGUCAGUGUGCAAAGAACCUUGCCACCAGCUUAGCUGAGCUACGAACUGCCUCCCAGAAGGCUCAUGAAGCAUGUGGCCCAAUGGAAAUUGAUUCUGCCUUGAAUACAGUCCAGACACUCAAAAAUGAACUACAAGAUGCGAAGAUGGCAGCUGUGGAUGGACAGUUAAAACCUCUCCCAGGAGAAACUCUUGAGAAGUGCGCUCAGGACCUGGGAAGUACAUCCAAAGCAGUUGGUUCAUCAAUGGCUCAGUUGUUAACUUGUGCUGCUCAAGGCAACGAGCACUACACAGGAGUUGCUGCCAGAGAAACUGCUCAGGCUUUGAAGACGUUGGCUCAGGCAGCACGAGGAGUUGCAGCAUCUACUACUGACCCUGUGGCAGCACAUGCCAUGUUGGAUUCAGCCAGGGAUGUCAUGGAAGGCUCUGCGAUGCUUAUUCAGGAGGCGAAGCAGGCCCUGGCUGCACCAGGGGAUGCCGACAGUCAACAGAGAUUAGCCCAGGUGGCAAAAGCAGUGUCUCACUCUUUGAAUAACUGCGUGAAUUGUCUACCUGGACAAAAGGAUGUGGAUGUGGCCUUGAAGAGUAUUGGAGAGUCUAGUAAGAAGCUGCUUGUUGAUUCGCUACCUCCCAGUUCUAAGUCAUUUCAAGAAGCUCAGAGUGAACUGAACCAGGCAGCAGCAGACCUGAAUCAGUCAGCAGGAGAAGUCGUCCAUGCUACACGGGGCCAAAGUGGGGAACUGGCUGCAGCCUCUGGAAAAUUCAGUGAUGAUUUUGAUGAAUUUCUUGAUGCUGGUAUUGAAAUGGCUGGCCAAGCACAAACUAAAGAGGACCAGAUUCAAGUAAUAGGGAACCUCAAGAGCAUCUCUAUGGCUUCCAGCAAGCUGUUACUAGCUGCCAAGUCUCUGUCUGUUGAUCCUGGAGCUCCUAAUGCCAAGAACCUCCUAGCAGCAGCAGCAAGAGCUGUGACCGAGAGUAUAAACCAGCUUAUCACACUGUGCACCCAGCAAGCUCCUGGGCAGAAGGAAUGUGAUAAUGCACUCAGAGAACUGGAGACAGUUAAGGGAAUGCUGGAUAACCCCAAUGAACCUGUGAGCGAUCUCUCAUAUUUUGAUUGUAUUGAGGGCGUAAUGGAAAACUCAAAGGUUCUUGGAGAAUCCAUGGCGGGAAUUUCCCAGAAUGCAAAAACUGGAGAUCUUUUAGUCUUUGGAGAAUGUGUUGGAGUUGCAUCCAAGGCUCUUUGUGGCCUUACAGAGGCAGCAGCUCAGGCUGCCUACCUGGUUGGCAUCUCAGAUCCAAACAGUCAGGCUGGUCAGCAGGGUCUGGUUGACCCAAUUCAGUUUGCCAGAGCCAAUCAAGCAAUCCAGAUGGCUUGCCAGAAUUUGGUAGAUCCAGCAAGCAGCCCAUCACAGGUAUUAUCAGCUGCCACAAUUGUGGCCAAACAUACUUCUGCUUUGUGCAAUGCUUGUCGCAUUGCUUCAUCAAAAACAGCAAAUCCCGUUGCCAAGAGACACUUUGUGCAGUCUGCCAAGGAAGUUGCAAACAGCACUGCUAACCUGGUUAAAACUAUCAAGGCCCUGGAUGGUGAUUUCUCUGAAGAGAACCGCAACAAGUGCAGAAUUGCUACAGCACCUUUGAUAGAGGCUGUGGAAAAUCUGACGGCAUUCGCUUCAAAUCCAGAAUUUGUCAGCAUACCAGCGCAGAUCAGCACUGAGGGGUCACGAGCACAGGAACCAAUUUUAGUAUCUGCUAAAACAAUGUUGGAGAGCUCGUCUUUAUUGAUCAAAACUGCUCGUUCUCUGGCUAUUAAUCCAAAAGACCCUCCUACGUGGUCUGUGCUAGCCGGGCAUUCCCACACUGUCUCAGAUUCUAUCAAGAGUCUUAUCACCUCUAUCAGGGACAAGGCCCCAGGCCAGCGAGAAUGUGAUUUCUCCAUCGAUGGGAUCAACAGAUGCAUCAGAGACAUUGAGCAGGCCUCCCUUGCAGCUGUCAGUCAGAGUCUGGCCACCAGGGAUGACAUCUCAGUAGAGGCUCUACAGGAGCAGCUGACAUCAGUUGUCCAGGAAAUUGGCCACCUCAUUGAUCCCAUAGCUACUGCAGCUCGGGGAGAGGCAGCUCAGCUUGGGCACAAGGUGACGCAGCUAGCAAGUUACUUUGAACCCUUGGUUUUAGCGGCAGUUGGUGUGGCAUCCAAAACACUAGAUCAUCAGCAACAGAUGACCGUGUUGGACCAGAGCAAGACGCUAGCAGAAUCUGCCUUGCAGAUGCUGUACGCUGCCAAAGAAGGGGGAGGUAACCCCAAGGCAUCCCAUACUCACGAUGCCAUCACUGAGGCUGCUCAGCUGAUGAAAGAGGCUGUGGACGAUAUCAUGGUUACCCUAAACGAAGCUGCAAGCGAAGUAGGCAUGGUUGGAGGCAUGGUAGACUCCAUAGCAGAGGCAAUGAGCAAGCUGGAUGAAGGUACACCUCCAGAUCCAAAGGGAAUAUUUGUUGAUUACCAGACCACUGUGGUGAAAUAUUCUAAAUCCAUUGCUGUAACAGCACAGGAAAUGAUGACUAAGUCGGUUACUAACCCAGAAGAGCUGGGAGGACUUGCAUCACAAAUGACCAAUGACUAUGGGCAUUUGGCUCUCCAGGGCCGAAUGGCCGCAGCUACAGCAGAACCAGAGGAGAUAGGGUUUCAGAUCAGGACUCGAGUGCAAGAACUUGGCCACGGCUGUAUCUAUCUUGUGCAAAAAGCUGGAGCUCUCCAGAUUUGCCCUACAGACAGCUACACUAAAAGAGAGUUGAUAGAAUGUGCUCGUGCUGUUACGGAAAAGGUCUCCUUAGUUUUAUCUGCACUUCAAGCAGGCAAUAAAGGCACACAAGCCUGUAUUACUGCAGCUAGUGCUGUGUCAGGGAUAAUUGCAGAUCUAGACACCACUAUCAUGUUUGCUACUGCUGGAACUCUUAAUGCCGAGAACAACGAAUCAUUUGCGGACCACAGGGAAAAUAUCCUGAAAACAGCAAAAGCUCUAGUUGAAGAUACAAAAUUGUUGGUUUCUGGUGCUGCAUCAAGUCAGGACAAACUGGCCCAAGCAGCUCAGUCAUCAGCCAACACCAUCACUCAGCUGGCUGAGGUGGUAAAGCUGGGAGCAGCCAGCUUGGGAUCUGAUGAUCCUGAAACACAGGUUGUCCUGAUCAAUGCCAUCAAGGAUGUUGCAAAGGCCCUUUCUGAUCUCAUUGGUGCUACCAAAGGAGCUGCCAGCAAACCAGCAGAUGAUCCAUCCAUGUACCAGCUGAAAGGUGCUGCCAAGGUGAUGGUAACAAAUGUCACAUCGCUUUUGAAGACUGUUAAAGCAGUAGAAGAUGAAGCUACACGAGGGACAAGAGCUCUCGAGGCCACAAUUGAGUACAUCAAACAGGAGCUCACGGUGUUUCAGUCAAGCGAGGUUCCAGAAAAGACAUCAUCACCUGAAGAAUCGAUCCGGAUGACGAAAGGGAUCACCAUGGCAACUGCCAAAGCUGUUGCAGCUGGGAACUCAUGCAGACAGGAGGAUGUGAUUGCUACAGCGAAUCUGAGCCGCAAAGCAGUGGCUGACAUGCUGACAGCUUGUAAGCAAGCAUCAUAUCACCCAGAUGUGAGUGAAGAAGUUCGAGACAGAGCCCUGCGCUUUGGAACAGAAUGUACCCUGGGAUACCUGGAACUCCUGGAACAUGUUCUCCUGAUCCUUCAAAAACCAACUCCAGAACUAAAGCAUCAGUUGGCCUCUUUCUCCAAGCGGGUUGCUGGUGCUGUUACAGAGCUCAUCCAGUCAGCAGAAGCAAUGAAAGGGGCAGAGUGGGUGGAUCCAGAAGACCCAACAGUCAUUGCAGAGACAGAGCUGCUUGGGGCUGCAGCAUCAAUUGAGGCUGCAGCAAAGAAGUUAGAGCAGCUGAAACCAAGAGCCAAGCCAAAGCAAGCAGAUGAGACUCUGGACUUUGAAGAACAGAUUCUGGAAGCAGCUAAAUCCAUUGCAGCUGCUACCAGUGCCCUUGUGAAAUCAGCUUCAGCAGCCCAGAGAGAACUGGUGGCACAGGGAAAGGUUGGAGCGAUCCCUGCAAAUGCAGCUGAUGAUGGACAGUGGUCUCAGGGACUUAUUUCCGCUGCCCGAAUGGUGGCAGCUGCAACCAGCAAUCUCUGUGAAGCAGCGAAUGCCUCAGUACAAGGCCACGCUAGUGAGGAGAAGCUCAUCUCAUCUGCCAAACAAGUGGCAGCUUCCACAGCACAGUUGCUUGUGGCUUGCAAAGUGAAGGCUGAUCAUGAUUCUGAGGCCAUGAGGAGACUACAGGCUGCAGGAAAUGCUGUCAAGCGAGCAUCAGACAACCUUGUGAGGGCGGCCCAAAAAGCAGCAUUUGGGAAAGCAGAGGACGAUGACGUUGUGGUCAAAACAAAGUUUGUGGGUGGCAUUGCUCAGAUCAUUGCAGCGCAAGAAGAAAUGCUGAAGAAGGAAAGAGAACUGGAAGAAGCAAGGAAAAAACUGGCUCAGAUUCGCCAACAGCAAUACAAAUUUCUACCCUCAGAGCUGAGAGAAGAUGAAGGUUAACCUGCUGAGAAUUUCUUCUUCUUUUUGUUUCUUUUUUUUCUUUUUCUUUUUUUUUUUUUUUUCAUUUUAAAGAAAUAAGCUAAAGGGGGACAGUACAGUGAGAACUGCUUUGACAACAUUCUGGUAUGCCAAGCACUUACCUAAAUAAACUGCCUGUCAUAGCUUUGGAUGAGCAGAGGGCAAUAAACACUUGUUCUUUCUCAUCUGGUCAGCUGAGGUGCAUGAUGAUCAAGUUAUGGUACAGUGUUAGGUUCAUCAUUCCUGUUCCUUCCUUGACUUAUAUCUCAGGAGAGAAUGUUUCACUUUUUACUAAAGAUACUAAGUCAGUAUUAUUGUCACUUUCCUGAUGCUUGAGGUAUUUAUCGUUCCUUGACUUGUUACAAAACAUUUGUAAUAUUAAUAGGAAAACAGUCAAGAAAUCUUUCACAUGAUAAAUAUCACACGAGCUGGUGGUUUUCUCCCAGUUACCCUUGUAAAAAGAAGACCAAGACAGAGAAAGAUGUACAUCUGAGUGGAGAAACAUGCAUGAGUGUGGGUUUGAAGAAGACGCCUGUCCUCUUUCAGUGUUGUAUAGCUGGUUCACCCCAAAACUGGAGGAAUUGUCUCUGCACCUGUUUGCACUAGUAGUAUUAUUCCUUACCUGAUACCAACAAGCUUCUGCUUGUACAGUAUUUAGGUUUACAAAAUGUGGCAAUAGCCACUCUUUAAAGAGCUCAGAAAACAAAGAAAUGGAAACCUUGUCACUGCCUCAAUAAUAGCAGGUUCAUGAAGGAAAAUGCUGUUUCAAUUAUAUACCUCUAAUGUGUGUCUACUUUUACAGUAUUAUACACACAUACACAUGCUCUAAGAUUGGACUGAAUAGUUUGCAUUUUGUUUUUUAAUUGAAGUUAUCUGGUUUGUACUGUGGGAUUUCUGUUAGAAUAUAUGUUAAAAAGGGGGAAUGCCCAGUACAACAAAAGACUAUCACAACUCUUAUUAUUCUUUUAUUAAUUUCAUUUAUAAUUGUUUUGUUUUGAAACCUGUGGGUAUUGUAGGAGAAAAGAAUAAGUGAUUUACAAGUAGACAUUUCCUGUAAUAUAUUUUUUAAAAAGUCUGGACUCUAGGGAGUUUGUUUCAUAGUUGGCAUUGAUGAAAAUGUACUCACCAAGGAAUUGCAGAGAAGGAAUAGCAGCAAUCUAUCCACAGUCUUUGUUUUCAGUUGCAGAUAGGUAUGGUGUGCUCUCAAUAUCUGUUGUGACCUAAACAAUAGUAAUAUGGGUAGAGUGAGCAACACAUUUUACCCUGUCUAAGAAAGAAUGCAAAUCACAGCAACUUUAAAUAGCAAAAGCUAAACUAUUUGACUAACCACAGAAAUACCAUCUUUCCUAACAACAAUUUCCAACAUGCCUCCACCUCCACUCAAGCCCUCUUCAAUAGUAAUGUCAAGUCUAUUUAGGUCAAAGGAUGUUGCCACUCCAGUCCUUGUGAAGGCUGUGCUGUCAUUUAGAUACCUGCCAAGUACAUUCAGCUGAGCCUGUUAUGUUAUAUGCAUACCCACCUCGUUGUCAUUGUUACAGAAAUACUUCUCUUGUAGACUCAAAAGUAACCAUCCUAGUAGUAGGUUUACCAGUUUUAGAUAGUGCUAACUCAUUUAAGUUACCUGCAUGAGAUAUAAUUAUCAGGAAUUUUGUCACACUAGUGUUAAAUAUAUAGCAAAAAAUGACUAGAGAAUUAAUAAAUAUUAAAGUGUACAAAGAUUUUUAUUGUUAGAGUCUCUUCUCUGGUACUGAAGUAUUUCAGACUCAGUAGAGUUCCUGAAGAAUCCACAAUCAUGAGAGGAAAAAAUUGGCAAAUCCCAAAUGGAAUCGCUGGCAUCAACAGAUGUGCUGUGAUGUGUAGGCUUGUGUGCAAAUGCAACCCCUUACUAUCGGAGACGUGCAGUUCUGAGUUCUGUAAUUUUCCACGUCAGCACAAUUGGUUUGAUUUUUUUUUUUUUGCUCAACCUUUACGCUGUGAAUUCAGUGAGCAGUGUCACAGAAUCUCUAUGUGAAGAAUUCCUACACACAAAAAAAAGCUUUCCUGUAAAUUUUUAGGCAGAAAGCUAAAUUGGUGUUUAUUGCUGUAAGACCUAAAUAAAGACAGUUGUAGUGAUAGGGUUUUUCUGCUGCUUUUGGUAAGUCCAUCUCCUUCGCAGCUUAUGGCUCUUUCUCUUAUUUUUUUACCUGGAUAGCUUCACAAUCCAAUCCCUCCUUUGGAAAGAUCUGCAAGAAAGAUUUGUUACUGCUUCCCUUUUAACGUGUAUUUAACUUAUCAUUUGGUCUCAUUAAAGCACGAAGAAAGAUGAUGCUGUAUUUAGCACCAUGCCAGUAUUUUAUUAUAGGUAUAAUACUGUUGUAAUAUAUUUUGAUCAGAAUGAUAUUUGCCAGUUUGAAAGAAGCCAAAAGCCUGGUCAAAUGCAAUUAUGUAUGGUAAUUGUAUAGCUAGAAAACUUUACCAGUAUAUAGAAGGAAAGAGCAUGCUCCAAUUGUGUUCCAGAUAAAUUUGUUUGGGAAGCCCAUUUUAGCGCAGUUAUCUUGAGACCUCUCUUUUUCUGAUGUAAUGCCCCCUCUUACUUGACAGAAAGUAUUGUUCUUUUUUCUUCUUAGCUAUGUGCUCCAUAGAGGAACCACAGUCAGAUGAGUAGCUGAGCUGAACAACUGAAGUAUUUUUUUACUCUGAAUUUUGGGUAUUCAUUUGGGAAACAUUAAGAGAAUAUAAGCUCAUCUAUAGUCUUUCUACUUCAAUGUUUUCUGCUGUUAUAAUUUGCAGUACCACUGAAGUCCACAUGUGAAUGUCUGUGGAGUUUGGAACUAGUCCAUGCAAUUAUUUGGCAUGGAGACUUGCAGCAGGAAGUGACGAGUUGGAGUAAGGAAUGGAAACUAGUUAAUAAGAAGAACAGAUGUUUACUUUGUUCUGUUAACUUGUGAAAUGGUAAAUGAGCUCUGUUGUAUCUCACCAUUAUUCACGUGGAAUUCACUUUAAGGAAUUGUAUGCAAAUUAAAAGCAAAAUGCCUCAAA